UGGUAACAUUCCAGCUCUCUCUCUUUGCCCAGGGACUGGCGCUGACGUCAUCAGAGCGCGCCGGUCCGGCUGGCGGUGACUGGCGCAGGCAGUUUCUGUGAGGUUUCCCUGUGUGCACAUAGCGGCUGUGUAGGUCAUGUUUGGGAUGCGGGCGGUGGGCUCCAUGGCUGGAUAAUGUGCUAGGACACCAUAUGGUCCUACUACUGGCACUGUCUGUUAUUGUUAUUAUAAUGGGGACCAAUGCCAGGGGCUGUGUGUUACACUAACCCCCUCACACAGAGCACAGGCACCGUGUUACACUAACCCCCUCACACAGAGCACAGGCACCGUGUUACACUAACCCCCUCACACAGAGCACAGGCACCGUGUUACACUAACCCCCUCACACAGAGCACAGGCACCGUGUUACACUAACCCCCUCACACAGAGCACAGGCACCGUGUUACACUAACCCCCUCACACAGAGCACAGGCACCGUGUUACACUAACCCCCUCACACAGAGCACAGGCACCGUGUUACACUAACCCCCUCACACAGAGCACAGGCACCGUGUUACACUAACCCCCUCACACAGAGCACAGGCACCGCGUUACACUAACCCCCUCACACAGAGCACAGGCACCGUGUUACACUAACCCCCUCACACAGAGCACAGGCACCGUGUUACACUAACCCCCUCACACAGAGCACAGGCACCGUGUUACACUAACCCCCUCACACAGAGCACAGGCACCGUGUUACACUAACCCCCUCACACAGAGCACAGGCACCGUGUUACACUAACCCCCUCACACAGAGCACAGGCACCGUGUUACACUAACCCCCUCACACAGAGCACAGGCACCGUGUUACACCAACCCCCUCACACAGAGCACAGGCACCGUGUUACACUAACCCCCUCACACAGAGCACAGGCACCGCGUUACACUAACCCCCUCACACAGAGCACAGGCACCGCGUUACACUAACCCCCUCACACAGAGCACAGGCACGUGUUACACUAACCCCACACAGAGCACAGGCACCGUGUUACAUAACCCCUCACACAGAGCACACCAGGCACGUGUUACACUAACCCCUCACACAGGCACAGGCGCAGGUGUUACACUAACCCCCUCACACAGAGCACAGGCGCACGUGUUACACACUAACCCCUCACACACAGGCACAACAGGCCACGUGUUACACUAACCCCCUCACACAGAGCACAGGCGUGUUACACCUAACCCCUCACCGCACAGGCACAGGCACGUGUUACACUAACCCCCCUCACACACCGGAGACACAGAGCACCCUGUUGCAUAACCUCACACCAGAGCACAGGCACCCUGUUACACUAACCCCCUCACACACAGAGCACAGGCACGUGUUACACUAACUGCGGGCACGGCGUGACACACUAACCCUCACACACAGAGCACAGGCACGUGUUACACUUACUAACCCACACGACACAGGCACCGUGUUACACCUAACCACCUCACACAGAGCACAGGCACGUUACGCUACCCUCACACAGAGCACAGGCACGGCGUUACACCUAACCCCCUCACACAACAGAGUACAGGCACGUGUUACACUACCCCUCACACAGAGCACAGGCAGCGUUACACUAACCCCCUCACACACCAGAGCACAGGCACCGUGUUACACUAACCCCCUCACACAGAGCACAGGCACCGUGUUACACUAACCCCCUCACACAGAGCACAGGCACCGUGUUACACUAACCCCCUCACACAGAGCACAGGCACCGUGUUACACUAACCCCCUCACACAGAGCACAGGCACCGUGUUACACUAACCCCCUCACACAGAGCACAGGCACCGUGUUACACUAACCCCCUCACACAGAGCACAGGCACCGUGUUACACUAACCCCCUCACACAGAGCACAGGCACCGUGUUACACUAACCCCCUCACACAGAGCACAGGCACCGCGUUACACUAACCCCCUCACACAGAGCACAGGCACCGCGUUACACUAACCCCCUCACACAGAGCACAGGCACCCUGUUAAAUUAAAUACGAGGCAGCAGCUGGACCUCUUACAAAGAGCUAAAACAUGGCCCUUAUAAUAUAUUUAUAAUAUUAUUUCCCCAGCUGUCUGAUUCAAUUUAAUACUAAAUUACCUCUUACUAUACCUGUGUGCCCUGUGCUGGUAACCCCUUCUCCCUGCUGCCCUUAAUAGUCCCAACAUUUACCUUUAACCCCCCUGUGCAACCAGUGUGCACCUGAUUGCAUUCUUCAACUUAACCUUUUUUAUCACAAAAAAUUAAUAAUAUAUUUAGUUGUACGUAAGUUCUUGGGUUGACCCUCAUGAGUUAUGACCAGAUAUCCAUAGCAUGCAUUUUAUCACAUUAAAGAGGAACAGUCAUUUUCUUUAGCCUGAUGUAGUAGCUACCUUAAAGUUUGCAAUUGGAUGCGCUACUUUUAUUUAAAAAAAAAAAUAUUUAUAUUUUGUGGAUUUUUUAUUUUUUUUACUUGCUUUGCCACGGAAAAGUAUCUGAAUUAGUUAAGCAGUGCCAUACUCAUGGCGCAUGUGCGCAUAUGUCACUGCUGGAGACAAUGCGGAGACAUCAUGUCGGCACAAUAAGGCGAUGCGGUGGAAGUAAGUACAUUUUAUUUUUACUUCUACUGCAUUGUUCACUCCAGUAAAUGCUGCAAGAAUAUUUACUGAGCUGAAGGAACAAGGAACUGUAAUUUCUCUGGAAGUGACAGUUCCUCUUUAAAGGACACUAUGGUGUCAGGUGUCCUCUGGCACUAGCUCACAGUAAGGAGUAAAAAUACUCUUGAACCACUUACCAGGGUUGCCAGUAGACUCCCACCUUUGCUAUCAUUAACCCCUUAAGGACACAUGACGUGUGACAUGUCAUGAUUCCCUUUUAUUCCAGAAGUUUGGUCCUUAAGGGGUUAAAGGGACACUAUAGUCAACAGAACAACACCACCUUAUUGUAUUUGUUAUGUUGAGUAUAAUCAUUUCCUUAUGUUGAGAAUACUGUUCUUUUUCCUGAGAAAAUGCAGUGUUUACUUUACAGACUAGGGAUACCUCUAGUGGCCACUACUCAGAUGGCUACUAGAGGUGCUUCCUGGGGGCAGCAAUGCCAUUCAGUGUGUAUCUUCUGCAUGGAGACAGUUAAAGGACCACUAUAGUGCCCUGAGGGUGCCCCCACCCUCAGGGUCCCCCUCCCGCCCGGCUCUGGAAAGGGGAAAGGGGUUAAAACUUACCUUUUUCCAGCGCUGGGCGGAGAGCUCUCCUCCUUCUCUUCUCCGCCCCGCCGGCUGAAUGCGCACGCGCGGCAAGAGCUGCGCGCGCAUUCAGCCGGUCACAUAGGAAAGCAUUUACAAUGCUUUCCUAUGGACGCUGGCGUGCUCUCACUGUGAAAAUCACAGGAAAGCACGCAAGCGCCUCUAGUGGCUGUCAAUGAGAGAGCUACUAGAGGAUUAGGGGGAAGGCUUAACCCAUUCAUAAACAUAGCAGUUUCUCUGAAACUGCUAUGUUUAUUAAAAAAUGGGUUAACCCUAGAAGGACCUGGCACCCAGACCAUUUCAUUAAGCUGAAGUGGUCUGGGUGCCUAGAGUGGUCCUUUAACUUUCCUCAUAGAGAUGCAUUGAUUCAAUGCAUCUCUAUGAGGAGAUGCUGAUUGGCCAGGGCUGUGUUUUACUUGUGCUGCCUCUGCCCUCGAUCUGUUUCCUUGACAGCCUCAGCCAAUCCUAUGUGAAAGCAUUGUGAUUGGCUCAGAGAAUCACUUCUAAUGAUGUCAGCCAAGCAGACAGAUCAGAGGCAGCAGCAGACUUGACUAAAAGUACGAGUUUACUACAUUUAGGGGGUCUAGAUGGUGGUUCUAACAUUAUAGGAUCAGGAAUACAUGUUUAUGUUCCUUUAAAGUGAAAGUUCCCAUUCUGCUUUAGUGACAUAAGUUUUGUUUACUGUCAGGUGACAUUUCUCAGCCAAUGAGUGAUAUGAAAAGUUGCACAAAACUGAUAUACUUAAAAAGAACAAGACCUUCUACUUACGCAAAAUUGAAAUGCUGGGCUAAAAUAUUGCCGUAAUAAUUACAAUUAAAAACAAAAUAUUCACCUUUUGAUGUGUUUUCCUUGGUGCACUGCUUAGUGUGCAUUCAGCUGCAGCCAGAUGCUUUCCACAUUAGAAUGAAAUGCUGGAAUUAGGAGCAGCUUAUUUUGGUCUGUAGGGACUGAUCUUGUCCCGUAAUUCUUUGUAUAGCAAGGGAUUAUAGGAUAAUUAGUUCAUCUAAUGGUUGGAACUGCUCAAUAAACUGAUAGCAGCCAUACUACUAUAGUUUUGCCCAGUUCACUGUUUACUGAAUGUUAUGUUUUACAUUGCAGGGUUAAAGGACCACUAUAGUGCCAGGAAAACAUACUCGUUAAAAAACUAUAGUGCCCUGAGGGUGCCCCCAGCCUCAGGGUGCCCCCAGCCUCAGGGUCCCCCUCCCGCCCGGCUCUGGAAAGGGGAAAAGGGGUAAAACUUACCUUUUUCCAGCGCUGGGCGGAGAGCUCUCUGCCUCCUCUCCUCCUCCGAUCCGCCCCGUCGGCUGAAUGCACCCGCGCGGCAAGAGCUGCACGCGCAUUCAGACGGUCGCAUAGGAAAGCAUUCUCAAUGCUUUCCUAUGGACGCUGGCGUGCUCUCACUGUGAAAAUCACAGUGAGAAGCACGCAAGCGCCUCUAGUGGCUGUCAAUGAGACAGCCACUAGAGGAAAUAGGGGAAGGCUUAACCCAUUCAUAAACAUAGCAGUUUCUCUGAAACUGCUAUGUUUAUGAAAAAAUGGGUUAACCCUAGAAGGACCUGGCAACCAGACCACUUCAUUAAGCUGAAGUGGUCUGGGUGCCUAGAGUGGUCCUUUAAGUGAACAGGGACACUGUACAAGACCACUUCAAUGAGAUGAAGUAGUCUGGGUGCCUAUAGUGUCCCUUUAAAUGGCUACAAUUCAAACUUCAAUAAAUCUACUGGAGAAUUCUUCCUGUUUAUGAUCCUAAAAUUUUAAUUUCACUUUGGACUUCCAGACAGCUCACACUUUAGUGAGGCCUGCUAUUUUUAAAAUAAUGUUUUUUUUUUUUGGUUUUUUAUGAAGGAGUUCUUGGUUUUUUUUAAUUUUUUUUUAAUUCUUUAUUUUUGUUCGUGCAUGAGGGUAACAGGCGAAUUUGUACUGCCACUAUAGCUGGUACAGUCGAGUUUACAUACAUUCUUAAUCACAUGGCAUUAACGACAUUGCACUUUUUUUUUUUUUUUUGAAAGUAGUUAGAUAAACAAGAUAAUAACGUAAGCUUAGUAGUGAUAGCAAAUUAAAGACAUAGAUAUAGAGAAACAGUUGUGUGUCAUAUUAACUUGCCUAGUUUCAUGGAUUAAUACAGGAAGGUAGGAGCAUGCUAAGUCUAUUGAGGCUAUGGGGUGCUGAACACUGUUAGUAAACAUAGCCCUAGAAAAUGUAUAGCUCUGUGAAAAUUAUGCAGGCUGAACAUUAUCAUCAUACAUAGCCCUAGAAAAUGUGUGUAGAGGAUGAGCUUUGUUGAAAGCUUGGCACAAGUUUGUACUAGUGUUGUUAGUCGAUAGGAAUACAAGAUAAUUGCAAUAGGUUAGCGUGUAAGUUGUAGGGCAUAGCAUAUGAGCAUAGGAGUAAAACUGCAUUUCUCAGGGGAUCCAGGAAAGCGUCCUUAACAGCAAGCAGAGACUGUAUGAGGCAUAGGGUGAAUGACUCAUCUCACAGAGGUAGCACAAAAUAAUUAACCAUGGACAGAAACGUUUGGAUGCCUUUGAUUGUAUUCACGUGAGGAAGUACUGUGAGGCUGGCAAUAGUGAAUGCGAGUCCCAUCCGUGACGGUUGCCGCUUGUGAUCAGGACUCCAAUGAUGGUGCGGCUGUAAGAAGCUUGUUAGCGCUUAGCCAAUGCCCGAAGCAGGAAAUCGAAAGUCUUGCACUUCGGGGGCUAGGGUGGCUGCAACAUUCAGGCGGUUUAGUUGGGCAUCCCUCUUGCCCCAGGCCAGUUGGUAGGCCAGCAUCCUCUUGCCCCGGACGUGUGGGCUCCUAAGGUCCCAGUCCUCCCCUGUAUGGGGUAGACGGGAGAUCGUGGUGGUAUGCCGCUGCCGGUUGCGGGCGAUCUUCCGUCUGCGUGGGUGAUGCCGUGGGGCUGUGCCUGUUUUGGCCCUCGGCCUAGGUGAUUGCUGACUAAUCGGCUUGUGUAUGUUUAAUGUGUGGGGGAUCAGAGGGGGCCAACUCACCACCCUAUCGUGAGCCUCCCCGUGUUGGAAUGCUGCUGUGGCUUGACGGGCUUUCAGCUUAGCCCAGAAACAGUUGAAAAUGUCAUCCAGUUUCUUCUGCGUUAUUUGCGCUGGAGUUAGCAGUUCCGUCUCAGACUGCGUGAUGGCUGGUUCCCACUGGGUACGACAGGUCGCCAUUUUGUGCGCUUUGCUAGGUUGUAGUUUAGUGGUGCUGGUUCGUGCUUGAGACUAGCCUGGUCGGACCGGGAUGACCCCCGCCGGUCCAAAGGGAGGGGAAACAGGGCUGAGAGAAGAGCUUGGGGUUGCACAGCUGCACACCGAGCGGGGGGUCGGCCGCUUCCCCCGUCCGACGGCCGUGCUAGGCCUCACUCCUCCGACCUCCGUCGGCCUUGCAGUGUACUUGCGGGCAACAGACCCGGGUUUCCUCUGCUGGCUCCAGAGGUAGGUAAGUUUCUUUUCGUUAUGCGUUAUGGCUGGCUGGCUGGCUAGGUUCAGGCUUAGUUGAGGAAUUGAGCUCGGAGCUCACACGAUGUGCGUCCAGCCGCCAUGAUGUCCAGGCCCCGCCCCCCGAGUUCUUGGAUUUUAUAACUGCAAUGUGUCUUUCAUUAUGUUUUAGAAGGCUUUUAGAGACUUUGGAAACGUAUUAGAUUACUUUACCAACUAAAAACUCACAAAGGUUCCUGUGAUUUGACAGAUUUCAAGACUAAUUUGCUGUACUCAUAUGUUUUGUUAGAGCCUUCCAACAAUAAUUUAUUUAGCAAUAUGUAGUUUUUUUUUGUUUGUUUUUUAAAGGUACGCUUGUGGCACCAAAACCACUUCAUAAAAUAAAUUGAUUAUGGUGCCUAGAGUGUACUAGCAUCUUAUUACCUUUUAAGUGUGAAAUAAUUUUCAAAUGGUGUAAUACUUAUGUGGAGUCCAUCUUACUCUCCUCUCCUGAUCACCUUUGCAUACCCCUCUAAGUGGAGGGAUAGUCCCUGUUUUGGGCACAAGUCCUUCUCUUCCUCUUUUCUAUCCUAAUGUUCCUCUUUUCUAUGAAAGCCGCAUUGUUGGUUUGCCAGAGUGUAAAACAGAGCUCCACACGAUGUGUCUAAACUACAAUGAAUUUGUCUAUAAAUCAGCCUGUAAAUAAGAUAUUGUGUUUGUGUUGUAAGUUAAAUUAAAUUUAAUAGUUGCAUAAAUUAUUAGAAAGUAGCCUAAAAUUUCUCAUAGCAGCGCUGUACCAGGCCACACCCCCACUCACACCCCUAAAAUGAAUGUGUCCCUUCCAUUUAAAAUGUUUGGAGGUAUGCCACUGAUAGGUUGGGAGCACCAGCUGACACUCAGUCUAUCACUGGCUGCCCAUAGUGAGUAAUGCUUCAGGAAUAUAGAUUUCUAAAGCAUUAUUCGCAGUGAGUGGCCAGUGAUAGACUAAGAGAGUCAGAUGGUGCUCUCGUCUUAUCACUUGUGCUCAAACCCAAAUGCUUCUGCAUUUUGUGCUCAAACCCAAAUGCUUCUGGGUAGCAAAGAAGAGGAAACUGCACUAGCAACUUGGGGACUCUACUUAAGUCAUCUUGAGUCAAUCUAAAAUAAAAACAUUUUAAAUCCCAGGUGUUCACAUAUAAAGUAGAACACUAGUCACAAUAGUAUCAAAGAUUAAGGAGUUUAUGCACUACUAAUUGAAACCCGAAUUACACCGUUUGUGCAAAGAGUACUGAUUUGGAAAAAAGUUGUGAACUCAGUCACAGUUCACUAUACUUUGGUGUUUAAUAAUCAAACCGAUCUGUUUCUGGCUACGUUCCUACAUCUUAAAUAUUUAGAGAGAGGAUGACUUGAUUCCCCUUUUCUAGCUUUCCCAUACCAACAAUUCAUCAAGGUGUCAUAAGAAUGAAAACGCCCCCAGUGAUUAGUGAUAUUGUACCGUAACUAUUAAUUGGGCAGUAGAAAAUGUAACUCCGUGUCAAUGGAUAUGGGAAGGUGGUAAGCCACAAUUUUAAUUUUGGAGGUUAAAAAUGUCUUUAGAUAACUUUUGUGGCUCCCUGGUGAGAAAAAUUUGUAAGUGUAAGAAAUUAUUAACAUUUAUUUUCUAUCCCAGGGUAAGAAUAGGAAUGUUAACAUAUGUUCUUCUCUCAGUCAGUUGUCAUUCCAUUUUCCAUUAAAAAAAAAAAUUCCUCUAGUACAAUCAAGGGUUUCAUUAAUUCUGCUGACAAUAUCUUUGCUAGUUAUAGAAUUCUGCUUAUCCACUGAAAUGUUUAAUUCAUCUCCAAUGAGAGCAUUUCUAUGUACCAUAUAUAUGUUAACUUCCACAUGUCCAAAUGAGCAGAAACCUGUGGGUUACACCAAGAGGUGGAGAGCAAACAAUUGGGUGUAUUAACUAAAAUUGUGGAUGUAAAGAUUUCAGGGGUGAACUGCUAAUUCUCAAUUGGUAAGGAGCACAUUAACUGUUAAACUUUGCAGUUCAUUCGCUAAUCCUCCUCAGCUCCUAGUUUAGCGAGUUUCCAAAUGUGGGGAGUAUAGAGUAGGUACAGUUAUUAUACAUCUUGAUGCUGACUUUGUGUUUUUUUUUUUGUUUUUUUUUAAUAGUGCCAUCCAUGCACUCAGAAAAAAUGUGUGCCAAGCCUUCUACCUCUUCAUCUGCCCGCUCCAAAUGCUGUGUUCAGGUGGCUUUGAAAGACAUCUUUGGUUUUAAUUCAUUUCGGUCAGAUCUCCAGGAAAAUGCAACAAGGACUGUGGUGAAAGGUGAUUGAAUGUUGAUCUUCCAUUCCUUCUGUUUAUUUAUCUUUUAUCACUUAUUUUUUUACAGCACAGUACACGGCAAUAUUUCUUGGACCUUCAAAACAGUGUAUAUAUAUAUAUAUUUUUUAUUUUUCCCAAUCCAAUGUUUGAUCUACUAAGGGACAUUGAUAAUAUGGUUUGACAAGUCUUUUCUAAAGGCCUGAUUGGCGAAGAAUUAAAACAGUUUCUCUAUAAACAAAAUCUCGUAAUUCCUGUUUUAUACUUUCACAAAAUACUUGCAGGCUCUGAGCCCUCUUCAGCCGUUUAAAAAUGAAAGUAUUUUAAACGUGAUAGCACUGAUCUGCUCAGAAAGUUGUUUGACUAUCAUGUUGUCCCAUCAUGUAUUUUAUUAUGUGUGGCAUCUCCAGUCUCCAGAUGUCACAGCUUUGCAAAAACUUUUGUCCCACAAAUCUAAGAACUCUAACGUUACUACUUUCCUUCUGCAAAUCCUUGAUCUAAUCCUUAAUAGGAAUUCCUUUGUUUGGAGACAAGUCAAGGGACCUAUGACGGGGUCCACGAUGGCUCUACCCUUUGCUGACAUUUAUAUGAUUCUACCCCAGCACACUGUUUAUGACCUAGGCCAGCAUCUGGUGAUGUUACAUCGAUUAGAUCUUUGGUGUUUGUGGCAGGCCAUUUGAUCAACUGAUCGAAUUUUUAAAAAUCAUUAGGUUUGCGGAUUGUGAUAUUACAUUUUUGAUGCACCAUGAUGGGUCCCAGAUCAAUUUUCAUGACUUGACUAUGUAUAAGAGAAAUGACAGGCUGGAGACUGACAUGUACUUGAAACCCACUGAUUGUAAAAUAUUAUAGCAAUUCACCAUCUUUCACCCUACCUCGUAGUUAACUCAUAAUAGUACGUAGGAACGUCUCUGACUAAGAUACGACCAACACCAGACUUGAUGGUAUCGUCACUGAAGAAACACUUUAGUGUUAGGAAUAGAAUACAAAUAUGUAUUCCUAACUCUAACAUGUUUUUCAGCCGCCCACCUUAGCGUUGCAAAUGGUUAAAUAAUCCUUUAUUCACUUACCCAAUUCCUGCACCGAGGUCCGCCUCAUUCAACAUCAUCCGAUGGUAUGGACAUAAUGAGCAUGCUAGGUGAGCUCAUUAGACAUUCCCCAUAGGAAAGCAUUGCUUUGCUGUGCGUUUCUUUCCAGACGCUGAGUGUGAGGAUGUGCUGCAUCAUUUCACGAUGUGGAAGGCUUUCAUUAUGUAUUUAUCAGGAUUUAACAAAUACCCAACAUGCAGAACUUAACACAAAGAUGCUCAACAUGUAGAACUUAUGUUUCACAAAGUCAAACUCUGUGAAAAACCAGGAAGCGGCUCUAGUGGCGGUCUGGUAGGCAGUCCCUCGUGGCUGUUUAACACUACAAUGAAAACAUUGCAGUUUCUCUAAAAAAAACUUCAAUGAGCCAAAGUUGUCUGGGUGCCUAUAAUGUUGCUUUAAAUCGCUACAAUUCAAUCAAUAAAUCUGCUGGAGAAUUUUUUUCCUGUUUAUGAUCCUAAAAUUUUAAUUUCACUUUCCAGACAGCUCACACUUUAGUUAAAAGGCAUACUAUUUUUAAAAAAAGCUUUUUUAUUUUUUAUUUCAUUAUUUAUUUAUUUUUAAAGGCGUUAUUGGAUUUUAGAACUGCAAUGUGUCUUUCAUUGUGUUUUAGAAGUCUUUUGGAGACUUUGGAAACUUAUUAGAUUUAUUACUUUACCAACUAAAUACUCACAUAGGUUUCUGUGACUUGACAUGUUUCAAGACUAAUUUGCUGUACUUAUAUGUAUAGUUUUGUUAGAGCCUUCCAACUAUACAUUAAUUCGCAAUAUGUAGUUUUUUGUAAAGGGACACUCGGGGCAGCAACACCACUUCAUAAAAGUAAAGUGAUUAUGGUGCCUAGGGUCUACUAGCACCUUAUUACCUUUUAAGUGUGUCAAACUCCAUGAAGCACCAGGAAGCGCCUCUAGUGGCAGUCUUAGUACUGCAUUGUAAACAUUGAGGUUUCUCUAAAAUUCAAAUUUCACUGAAUGAGAUGAAAGAGUCUGGUUGCCUAUAGUAUCCCCCAAACGCUUUCAAAAGGUUUAUCUACCUUAUCUUCUUCAAAAAUAAAACACACAUUGGGGGAUUAUAAGUUGCCCCAAUGUUACUGAAUUUUAAAGUUCACCUCUCUGUACCUGUAGAUACUUUAAGAACUUGCAAGACUGUUUAGUUAAAGUGGACAUUGGCCCAUCUAGGCCUGUUUCACUGCUUUUUUUUUUUUUCCACUCCCAACUUUGGGACCUUGCCAUGCCUUAAUUGUGGCUCCUGUAACAUUAUUCUGAGGUUAAACUUUUUCACAUUCCAGAUUGGGAAAGAUCCAAGAUAAAACAAUAUUUUACUUGCAAUUCAAAUUUUCUCAAAUGCCCCAGUGCAUGUUAAAGACUGUCUGAGUAGGACAUUAGGGAAUUCUGACCAUCUGACUCGUUUAGUAUAUACAUGAUCCCAGGGCUUGACAAAUUUGCUUUGAAUCUAAAAGUCAGCUAAAAAAGUUAGAAGCCAGGUUUUUUGGGUUUUUUUUUUCUAACAAAGCAUUCUUUUCAACAACAAAAAUAACAGAUCUUAAAAGGACACUAUGGUCACCAGAACUGCUACAGCUUAGUGUAGUGGUUCUGGUGUCUAUAGCUUGUCCCUGCAAGUUUUUUAAUGUGUUUACACCUUUAGUGGUUGUCACUAGAGGUGCUUGCUAGUCCAGUGUUACAGUGUGCAGUGCCUAUGUUCUGCACUGAACGUUCCCCAUAGAGAUGCAUUGAUUUCAGCCUGACUUUGAAUGUGUUGGACAUCCCUCGCUACUCUGGCCAGUCCCACUUUGUAUGACACUGUUUGCCCUCUUCUCUGUUGCCCUGGCCAACCUGGGUCCACACUUCUUACCUUUUUUUUAUUUUAUGGAGAAUUCUGUUGUGUUCUUAUUCACUGAUGUCUUACUUUGGAUCCAUCCUCCUCGAUAUUUGUAUGUGGAAGGCUUUCACUAUGUAUUUGUCAGGAUUUAGCAAAUACCGAACAUACAGAACUUAAGUUAACAACAAAUAAAAUAUAAUCAGAAUACUAUAAUGUAUUACCGGACUUUAGAAUGACUGACUGGAUUUGAGUCUAAUAAUAUAGAAUAGGCGAGGGUCAGGAAGACCGAGAGAACAUAAAAGGUAAGACAAGCCAGAAUGAAGAAAUAGAGAAGGAAGAAUAGUCCAGGUACAAGCCUGGUCAAAAUACCAUAGAAUCAAUAAAUAUAAUGUGCUGUCAGAUAACCACAAGGAAAUAAACGACAGGACACUUAGAAAAGACUCAAAUUAGCUUAAGCAGCCUGAAGAGGGCAGGGAUAGAUUCACGUCUGUCAUGUGACGUUGGAUACGUGUGUAACAUCCGCGUGAGGAGGGACUCACACACAUUUGCAUCAAGAAUCGGGGCCAAGACUUCCAUGCCAUAAAAGGGCAUCUGUCAAAACGCUGGAGUACAGUGCGGCAGAGGACAUAUUAGCAAGCGCGGCAACUCCUACUUUAGCACGAGUUGCACUGAAAUGCAGAACACUGGAGCGUGCCUUUUCCUGAAAACCACUUACUAGGCUGGAAGGAGCAGGUUUAUGUGGAAACAUUACAUGGAAGGAGUGUAGUAGAUGAGCAGCACGUCACAGGCAAGAACCCGUGAGCUUCGAGUCAAUAAUGGAGCGGGCUUUAUACUUGGCCUGACCAUUGAUCCCAACAGGGCAGGAUGAACUGAGGGCCUCAUGCAGUGAUUGCACACCAAGAUUUGAGUAAGGACACAUGGUAAAAAUUUGGUACGCGCAAUGCAGGAGGAAGGGCAAAAGCAUACGAAACAGGGCUUAUUUUCUGCAAACUCGAAAUGGGCCAAGGAUUCUCGAGGCUAGUUUCAUUGUGGCUACCUUCAACUUGAUGUUAUCUGUGGGAAGCCAAACCCUGUCCCCAACCCGAUAACUAGGAGCCACAAUACGCUCUUCAGCAUGAAUUUUUGAAUUGAGAAGAAACCAAUCCCAGUGUUUGAACCAGUUUUCUUUUUUACUAUUGAAAUGGUGGUCGAGAGCAGGCAUCAAAUUAAAAUUGAACAUAGUAGGAAUGAUAGAGGGAUGUCUACCAUAGGUAACAUAGAAAGGGCUGUGCCUAGAUGAUUCAUGUGUAGAGUUGUUACGUGCAAACUCUACCCAAGAGAGCAGGUCAGACCAAUUGCCAUGAUUGUGGCAACUUGGACAUAUGGAUAUAUUUCCUUAACACAUUUAUUUAUGAAGCCUUGGAAUACCACUGGUGCAUUACUUAAACCAAAUGGCAUUACUAGAUAUUUGUAAUGCCCACUUCUUGUGUUAAAUGCGGUUUUCCAUUCAUGACCUUCCUUUAUCCUAACCAGGUUGUACACACUUCUAAGAUUGCAUUUAGUAAAGAUAUUGGACCCUUGUAGACUAUCAAAUAACUUUGUAAUAAGAGGAAUGGGGUAGACAUUCCUGAUCAUUAUUUUAUUAUGACCCCUAUAGUCUAUACAUGGACUUGGCUCACCCUCUUUCUUGGAGGCAAAGAAGAACGCUGCACUGCCCGGAAAGGAUGAUCUACAUAGAAAACCUUUAGCAAUAGUGUCUUGCUUUCAUGGGGGAGAAAAAGUCUGGACUCUGGGUGGCAUGGUACCUGGUAGUUGAUCAGUAGCACAGGCAUAAGGUCUGUGUGAUGGUAACGUUUCUGCAUGGGUUUUGCUGAACACCUCUUUAACUAAUAUUGAGGUGGAGCAACAGUCGGUAAAGGUCCAGAAUCAAGGAAUACAAAAGGAAAAAUAGUCCAGGUACAAUCCGUUUCAAAAUACAAUCGACUAAAUAAAUAAAAUGCUCUCUCGGAUAACCACAAGGGAAAUCACGACAGGGCACAGAGAAAAGAUCCAAAUAAGUCUAGAUGGCCAUAAAAUGGCAGGGAUACAUGGAACGUGUGUGUGUGUGUGUGUGUGUAACAUUUGCGUGAGGACGCACGCAUGUUUGCGUCAAGAAUCUGGGCAGAGACUGGAGGGUUCCAUUUGUCAGUCAGAACGCGGAGCACAACUUGGCCAUAGGACAUGGGACUGAGCAGGACAGCUUCUGUAUGCUCACGGUACGUGCUACACCGGAGUGCACCUGGCAGGCGCCGUAACAGUGUUUUGCUACCAUGUGGGGAAUAUCUUGACACAUACACUUUCUGAGAACCAGUUUGGUGUUCCCGAAAUCUAUAUUCCUGGAGAAAAUUCAAACACUUGUUUCAAACCCUUGAUUCUUAUUAUAUUGUUUAUUUUAUUGCUUUCAAAUCCAAAGGGAGACCCUAUUUAUAUGAAAAUACGGCACAGUAUACAAAGUUUGGUGAAGACCCUUUUUUAUGUAUGAUUAAGAUCUUCCAGGCAUUCUUGAGCACCAAUAUUCAAAAAGUGUUUAAUUUUACCAUUUAUAUAUGAGAAAACCUAAUCCAUAUUUUACUAUUUACUCUUUAGGUGAAAGAGAUGUGUUUGUUUGCAUGCCAACUGGUGCGGGAAAGUCCUUGUGUUACCAGCUUCCUGCUGUUCUAGCCGUGGGAAUUACCGUGGUCAUCUCUCCUCUCAUUGCUCUGAUUCAGGUAUGGUCCCUCUGCCAGUCAUGCAGAACCUGAGAAUUUUAACAGUUUAUGACAUUUGGCUUGGCUGGUGAGCCAUUUCUGCUGUAAAAUGUUAGACCAGGAGAAGGCCAUCAUCGGCACACCAGAUCUUGUGGACUACAUCAUUCAUAAUGCUUUUACAGCCAUGGUACUGGAAACUCAUCAGUGGAGUUGUAGACCUCAACAUCUGCAGUCCUGAAAGAAGCUUACCCUGUGUAAAACCCUUUUUGACUGUUGUGUCUUUCAAUUUUUCCAUCUGUCAUAUGGCAGCUAACAUGUUGCUAUCUUUGGAGCACAUCUUUAAUACUGUAUACUCAUGGGAUAGAUCACUACAGGUGGGGCAUGGUCCAUCGCCAGGGGGAAGAAUCAGCCAAUCAGCUUGAAAAAGCGAUCAACAACCAAUUAGUAUAGUAGGGUGGAGGCCAGUGUGCACUGAAAACUAGUCUAUUACCUAAGAUUAAUUAAGAAAUGUUCCAUUCUUAAAGAGAAACUGUCGGCAGUGUUACUACUUUAUCUCAUUGAAGUGGUUAAAGUAUCUGGAGUCCUCUGGCACCGUCCUUCCAUUCAGCAUCAAACCAUUUUUUAUAUUUGAAUCCUAUACGAGAGUUCUCAGGUACAGCGCCAGGAGAUUCUAGGCAUUAUAACCGAUUCAAUGAGAUGAAAUAGUUAUAGUUCCUACAGUGUCCCUUUAAAAGGUCAGCAGAUUUGGUUUGUUGAGGGGUUUGGCUUCUCAUAAUAUUAGAGAAUUAUGCCACCCAUUUGGAUACCAGCAGUUUAGUAUGGUAUCUGGAGUUCCCUGGUGCAAUCCUGUCUUUUAGUGAUAAACCAUUUUUAAGGUUUCAGUGCUAAACCAGUCCCCAGCGGCAUGUAUACUGCUUGUGCUAAUAAUGAAGCAUUAGCCUGAGCAGCAAUGGGUGGUGGUGAUUGGCUGUGAGUGUCAGCUGACUGCAUUUAGCCUAUCACAGCCACCAUAGCUGUUAUUAAUUGGUGUGGCUACAAGGAAGUGUGCAAUCUAAGCUUUAAGCAUAACUCCAGUGGAGGCUGGGCUAUGGAUGGACCCUUAUUUAGUGUUAAAUUGCUAGAAAAUAGUUUAGCACUGUAUGGAGACACGGUACCAUGCACUAUAACCAAUUCAGUGAGAAGAAAUGACUAUUGUGCCUACAGUGUCCCUUUAACGGUCUAAUUUGUAUUUAGAAUUAAACUGCUAUUCGUGUCUCUUUUAACAUCAUCUUUUCCUGUUGCUAUCCCUAUUCAGGACCAAGUAGAUCAUCUGCUAAGCUUGAAGAUUAAAGCUUGCUCUCUUAAUUCAAAGUUGCCAGUUCAAGAACGCAAGAAAAUUCUGCAGGACCUGGAAAGUGAGCACCCUCAAAUCAAACUGCUGUAUAUCACCCCAGAGAUGGCAUCCUCACCAUCUUUUCAGCCCACCCUAACAUUGCUUCUUACCCGCGGCCUUCUGUCCUACCUCAUCAUUGAUGAAGCGCAUUGUGUUUCAGAGUGGGGUCAUGAUUUCCGCCCAGAUUACAUGCGUCUGGGUAACUUGCGUGCACGGAUACCACAAACUCCAUGUAUAGCCCUAACCGCCACUGCCACCAAGCAAGUGCAAAAUGAUAUAAUGGCUGCACUAAAGUUGCGUCAACCCAUCGCUAUAUUUAAAACUCCCUGCUUCCGGUACAACCUGUUCUAUGAUGUUCAAAUGAAGGAGCUACUUAGCGAUCCUUAUGGGAACCUAAAGGACUUCUGCCUGAAAGCACUGGGAGAUAAAAAUCCUCAAGGGGUAAGAAACCACAAAGCCAUACACAAUUACAAGAUUUAACCUGUAACUUUUAAAGGAACACUCCCACUCACCCAAUAACUUAUUUGUUUUGGAUGCGUGAGUGUCUGGGCACCUGCUUAUCUUCAGGGAUUAAUCCAUUUGGAAAUGGAAAGUUGGGGCUCCAGCGACCGGUUCUUCUUCCUCCCAGCUUCCUUCCUCUCUGCAAUGCAUUACGAGGAAGGGUUAGCUAGGCAGUUGGCACUCUCAGACUAUCAAUGGAUGCCCAUUGAAAGAAUUGGUACUAUUGGCAGCUCAAAGGUAGUUUUGGAUGUGUCUGGUGGUGGUAGUAGGGGGAAUGGGAGUUGUUGUUGUACAGAUAUUGGGUACUUUUGAAAGGAUCAAACUAGGCAUGUGCAUGGGGAAAAUUUUCGGUUCGAUUUGGCACUUCGGAAUUUCAAAUUUCAGGACUUUGGCAUUUCUGGACUUCUGUUGCAGCCGCUUAGUAGAUAACUCCCUAAUUCCCACGGUAUUAGGGAGUUAUCUACCAAAAGGGAUAACUCACUGUUAAAAAAAAAAAAAAAAAAAAUAGGUGGGGGCUUAGGAGGGUGGGAACUGAUCACUGUUUAAUAGACAUGCCCCUACUCACGGUAUAGCGAGUAGGGGCAUAAUUUACUAAUACUAAGUAAUUUUAACUUUUAGGUCUUUCAGCCUUUUGGUAGAUAACUCCCUAAUACCGUGGGAAUUAGGGAGUUAUCUACUAAGCGGCUGCAAUAGAAGUCCCGAAAUGCCAAAGUUCCAAAGUGCCGAAGUUUAGGCCCCCCCCCCCUUUUUACUUUAGAGCCCCCACCUGCCGUUCAGGAGGGGGGAACCUUAUUUUUUAUUAUUUUAACAGGCUGCUCACUGUUUAAUAGACAUGCCCCUACUCGCAGUAUAGCGAGUAGGGGCAUCAUUUACUAAUACUAAGUAAUCUUUACAUAGUAUAAGUAAAUUUGUCUGAAAGACCAAUUUAGGUCUUUCAGCCUUUUAGUAGAUAGCUCCCUAAUACUGUGGGAAUUAGGGAGUUAUCUACUUAUUCAUUCCUGUCAUUCCAUUGACUGGCUAAGUAACUUACAUUUUAUAUGAAUGUGUGUUACUUGAUUGUUGUAAGUGUUGCAAAUGAUUACAGCUGAAUCCUGGCUAUGUUUGUGUACUUUUUAUUUAAAAUUGUAUACAGUGUAACAUUCUUCUUCUUCCACUGGGUAAGUAUAUUAGUAUUAGUGCUUUGGAACUUCUACACUUUGGAAAUUCGGUAAUUUCGGAACUUCGGGACUUCGGCAAUUCAGCUAUUCGGACAUUCGGGUGCCCAAAAUUUGUCCGAAUUCGCAUUCGGACCGAAACGAAUUGCACAUGUCUAGAUCAAACUGUUAUGUCAUUGUUGGGUAUUAUUAUAUUUAUAUUCCAUACAUAUAAAACCUUAGAUUACCCAACAAAACAUAAAUGGAAAUCAAGUCAUAGGUUUAGUAAAUAUCAUUGGUAUAUGCGGCCAUCUUAUAGUCUAAAGUUUGGACUAGUAGGACUGCUAUUUUAGAUUGAAAUUGAAUGGCUUUUUAUAUAUUUGUCCAGAUAAGAGGACAAACGAGGGCACAAAGUACACAUCGCAGCCAUAAAACAUACAUUAGGGGAACUGGCCCUUUCCAGGUUUCAUUACUAAGGAUUAUGUAUCCCUGUAUUUAAUAAAUAUAUAUUUACAGGAUGCGAAAAAUAAAUUAUGUAGAAAUCAAUGCUUCAUUAUUCUACAACUUGAUGCCCAAUUGCAUUGUAAAGAGGUGUUUAUUUCUACAUUCAUUUUGUGUGAAAACAUUUAUUUUGUAGAGAUUUGUUACUUUUAUUUUGUAUAAAAACAUUGAUUUCAUGUAAAGGACAAUUAAGGUUGUUCUAAAUAUGCCAACAGUCUAGUCUAUUUUUUUUAAGUGAAUCUUAACUCACGGUGCUGCCCAAUCUCACACAGGGUUUCUCAGGCUGUGGAAUUGUGUACUGCCGGACCAGGGAUACUUGUGAGGAGGUGGCUACUCAACUAUCCCAACGAGGGGUCAAAUCUAAAGCAUAUCAUGCUGGUGAGUGACAGGCAAGCAUUUUUUCAGAAGAGAAAACCAGGUCCUUUAGUAUUCUUAACUUCUAAAGCUUUUCAAAAAUUAGACUUAUGAUGCUUUUAAAUUAAACACUUUAAGCUGGAAUUGUCCCCGUUCUUAGGCAUUAAAAGAGUCAUUUAAGCCAUCUAGCCAAAUAAAGUAAUCUACACAAUCUAAUCUACCCUAAUGUGUACAUUGUCCCAGUCUGAUGCUUAAAGUGUAUCAGAUUAGUUAUGUACAUAGCAACACAUUGAUUAAUUUGUCCUGUGUAUCAUUGUCAGGCCUUAAAGCAGGUGACCGAGUGUCCGUUCAAAAUGAGUGGAUGGAAGACGUGGUUCCAGUCAUUGUGGCUACUAUCAGUUUUGGAAUGGGUGUCGAUAAAGCCAAUGUGAGGUGAGGAAUAAAAGCUGUGGCUAUGUUUGGUGAACCUUUUCAAAUCAGCAUUUUUUGCCAAAAUAAGGUUUUUAUUGUGUUGUUUUAUACUAUUUGCUUUAUCUCCAUAAUGUAUUAAGAGAGCACUUCAAGCACCAUAAGUACCGUGGCACUGUAGUGGUUAUGGUUCCAGGAGUGCCCUGGCACCCACCAGUGUAAGUAGUCAAACCAUUGUACUUGAGUACAGGUGGGCACUGGUCACCUCCACCAUUAAGAGCAGGAAGCUCUCUGCUCUAGGAUAGUCUAUUAGUGCAGGUAUUUGCUGAGAAAGAUCUGUUGAAGCUUCCAGCCUAUGUGUUGGCCCUGCAGAGCAGGACUUUGCUCAAAAGAGCUAACGGAAGCUCCAUGCAGGUGUUACUGAAUUUCAGUGGAGGAAGUGACUGGUGCCAUGUCUGUAAGUUGACAAACUGUUUGACUGAGGAUAUUCAGGUUUGCAACAGAAAAUGGACAAUGCACAUGCUGCCAUGGAAUUAUCCCACCAGGGUGCUCCAGACAGGUUGGGCAAAUCCCCCAAAAUUAUACUGGAAAAUUACACAAAAGUCCAGGCAUCCAUAGUGGUUUAUUUAAAAAGGCAGUCUUUUAUUCAGGAACAAAAUACAGUAACAACAUAUGAUAGAAACAUUUAAAUUGAUACAGGGAAUAACACUGUAAAGGAGGAGACUAUAUUUAAAAGAAGAAAAACUACCACAACAAGAGGACAUAGUCCUAAAUUAGAGGGGCAAAAGAUUAAAAAUAAUAUCAGGAAGUAUUACUUUACUGAGAGGGUAGUGGAUGCAUGGAAUAGCCUUCCAGCUGAAGUGGUAGAGGUUAACACAGUAAAGGAGUUUAAGCAUGCGUGGGAUAGGCAUAAGGCUAUCCUAACUAUAAGAUAAGGCCAGGGACUAAUGAAAGUAUUUAGAAAAUCGGGCAGAUUAGAUGGGCUGAAUGGUUCUUAUCUGCCGUCCCAUUCUUUGUUUCUAUGUUUCGACUCUUACGUUGCACCAUAACCACUACAGCAAGCUUUGCUUUGAGUUUGGAGUGUUCCUUCGAAAAAGAUAGAGUAAUAACUCCAAUUUGGAAUGUUAAUUAAACUAAAUGAAGUUCAAGCUAACAUUAUUUAUGUGUAUUGAAAAUGUGCAACUUUUGCACAGAACAAUACAAAUUAAAGGGUUAAUCUAAAUACCAUAACAACUUUGCAUUGUUGCAAAGCUAUAGAUGCAGAGAAUUCCCUGUACUCACCCUCAGAAUCUGUAAGUGGCUUUUAACUGAAGCAAUUUGUAAAAAUCACUGCCCCUCUCAGCCAGCUCUCUUAGCUCAGACACGGCAAAGAAGUUGUAAACACAGGUUUCUCUUCACUGUAGAGAGGCCAUUCCUAAUACUACAAACCGAUCUAUAAAAUGCUAGCAGCCGCAUAAUGACAGUUAUCAGUUUGUAAAGCAGCUCUACUCAUCCAGUGUAUUAAGUCUAAGCUAAGUGCAGCUGGGGCAUAAUCUGCAUAUCUAAUACAACUCCUGGACUGAUGUUCAUGGGAUAGAAUUAGACCCCAGAGAGAGAGAGUCUGGAGAGUCUGCCGAAUCUACCUGUGUGGGAUGAUGAAGUCAGCUUCUCUAAGCCAUUCAUCUUCAAGGUCUUUGAAAGGGAGUAUUUUUACAUUACUUUUACUUUUCUGCAUUUUUUUUUAGAAUGUUUUAGCUACGUAAAGCAUUGACAAUAUAGUGUCAAGUCUUGUUUUGCUGACCUGUGAAUAAAAACAAAUGAAUCCAAAAAAUGAGGGUCUGUAAGACUGAACCUCAAUGCCAUUAGGCUGAAGAGAGAUUAUAGAAUAUAUGUGAGUAUACUAGAAGCAAUUCACAUGCACACAUUAACAUAACAGACGGCCAGCAAACACACAAUACCACAAAUAGCCUACAUUCACAACACCACAGAUAGCUCCCACCACUCACUCAAGUACACACUCAAAACCCUAGGGGGCCCUUACAAAUAAAAACACAACAGACAUCCCACAUAUACUCACACACUACCACAGACAGCCUGCACCACAUGCAAAUAUUACAAGUAACACACUUAACAUUAGAGAGCAUACAUAAAACCUCAGACAGUCCACACUCUAGGGACGAUACAACCGGCAGCCCACAUACACACAUAACACCACAAACAGCCCACAUACACUCACAACAGUCAGUUCAUAGUCCACACACAGUGGCUGCCCAGUCACCAAAGACUAGUACAUGUCUACCAGCCACCACCUUCUCCUGAAAGGACUGUAAUCACCCAGCCAAAUCCUCUUCCUAUCGUGCCUCCCAGCUAGAGCACCUAAUCGUUGACACAGGGACCUCACACAGACACGGUGUGCCCGACUAGGAGCUUCCUAGGAGGUAAGUCCGGUCUGGUCAUUAAGGUGGCUCAUGGCCCCAGGACCACCAAACAGGGCGCAAUUUGGAGGGGUGAUAGAGGAGGUGGUGAGGAAUCUAAAGACACACAGGUCAUGUGGGAGUUCUGGGUUUUUCCACCCAUUGCACUGGAACGAGAUGGCAGAUUGGAGGAUGCUCGUGGCCCAGGCAAAACUUAUCUGUCGCACUAUUUGAGCUAGGCACCUCUGAUCCCAGCGCUUUUUCGAAAGAGUACCUUCCUAGGGGUAAGCUAUGUGGGGUGACAGCUGUUUGGGGAUGUGGGCAGGGGAAUGAGUUGUUUCAGGGUACAUUAUAGUCAGGCACCUGGGUGUCUGAUCGUUAAAAAAGUUACCUCAUUGUGUCUAGACACACGGACGUGACCCACUGUUGGGGCCUGUGUAUAACAAGGGGACAGACACUCAAUAAUGUGUGUUUAUCCUUACAUCAAGCAUCGGCUGAUGACUCGGGGGGUUGUUAGAAUCACUCUGGGGGCUUUACUAAGGGGGGAAAGGGAAUCCCUGGCGGUGAUACUCCUGUCAACUAGGAGAGGUCUACAGCACAAAUACUAGAAGCAACUCCUGUAAAUACACUUCUUGGAUACAGCAAACACACAAUUACCACAAACAGGCCACAUACACAUGCACAAUACCAAAGAGACACACACACACACACAUAUAAAUACCACAAACAGGGUAUACACAUAACACAACAGGCAACCUAAACACACACAAUAAUACAAACAUAACUCACAAACCGCUCCUGCCACACACAUGCGCAAAGGACCACAAAUGGCCCAUAUUCACACACAUACCUCUACACUCCAACCCCUCCACACAAACCUUACCACAGUGCGUACACAACACUACACACAGCCUGUAAAUACACUCACAUAACCUCACAGACAUCCUACACGCAUGCAUAACACACAGUACUAACAGCCCCCACAUAUACACAGAUACAACCUCACAAAGCAUCCUUCACACCCAUAUAUUACACAAGUUGGUACUUUAAAAAAAAAAAAAAAGAAAAAAAGUGACUUCAAGGUUUUACUUUGGCACACUGCUAGGAAGGGGUUACCUACCCCUGUCUUAGAUUAUUCUUUCGAGUAAAGCAAUCAUUGAUGUAUUUAUUGUUCUUGAGUAAUGUGCCACAAAAAAUAUAUAUUUUUGAUUUUCUGUGUGAUUUGUGGCAGGUUUGUUGUCCACUGGAACAUUGCCAAGUCAAUGGCAGGCUAUUACCAAGAGUCAGGAAGGGCCGGCAGAGAUGGAAAGCAGUCCUUUUGCCGUCUGUAUUAUUCCAGAACUGACAGAGAUCAAAUCAGUUUCCUCAUCAAGAAGGAAAUAACACAAGCUCAGGUGUGUAUGAGACUCCUAUAUUACAGACUGGAAAAAGGAAAGGCUUUAUAGAGUCCCAUCUGUGACCUAUAUUGUGCAGUUAUUCCCAGAAAAAGAAAAGUCUAACAGGGUUUUUUUCUAAGCGAAUUUCACAUUUAAGGCCAUUAGCUAAAUGGCCUUAAUUUGAAAUUUACUUUGAAUUAUCCCUUUAGUCAAUAUUCUUGUUGGUGUUAUAGUUAGUUAUACAGGAGUGAGCCAAGUCCUGACCUUGGUUUCAGUAUGUAGCCCAGGCCUGCCCUUGGUUUCGGGACGCAGCCCAGGCCUGCCCUUGGUUUCAGUAGGUAGCCUAUGCCUGCCCUUGGUUUCGGGACGCAGCCCAGGUCCUGCCCUUGGUUUCGGGACGCAGCCCAGGUCCUGCCCUUGGUUUUGGGGCGCAGCCCAGGUCCUGCCCUUGGUUUUGGGGCGCAGACCAGGUCCUGCCCUUGGUUUUGGGGCGCAGCCCAGAUCCUCCCCUUUGUUUUGGGGCGCAGCCCAGGUCCUGCCCUUGGUUUCGGGGCACAGCCCAGGUCCUGCCCUUGGUUUCGGGGCUCAGCCCAGGUCCUGCCCUUGGUUUCGGGGCUCAGCCCAGGUCCUGCCCUUGGUUUCGGGGCUCAGCCCAGGUCCUGCCCUUGGUUUUGGUGCGCAGCCCAGGUCCUGCCCUUGGUUUCGGUGCGCAGCCCAGGUCCUGCCCUUGGUUUUGGGGCGCAGCCCAGGCCUGAACUGAUUUCAAGAGGCAGCAUAUACUGACCUUGGUUUCAUUAAGUAGUUAUUACCCAACCUCUGUUUCAGAAGGAAUCCCAGGCACAGUCAUGGAUUCAAGGGGUAUCCCAGGCUUGAAGAUAUAUCCACCCGCCAGCAGGAGUGUGAAUUGCUCAUAGACCUUAAACACGUUUGAGCGGGACCUUCUUCAUCUCUUAUGUCUGCUAUUAUUUUACAAGUCAACUACUUGAUGUCAGCUAUCCCCAUACUCAAUUUAUAAAGCUCUGCGGAAUGUGUUGGCACUAUAUAAAUAAUAAUAAUAAUGUGCAUCUAGUGGCAGCUCAGACCUAGGUUUGCAUCCAACAGUAAAUCUAUACCUAACUGCACAUUUAAAACAUUGCUUUGGCUAGUUCAUACAUUCAGGGAUUAGCCACCUUUAGGAUGAAUUUGAACUGUUUGUUUGAAUCUUGACUACGGUUACUUUUUUACUACUCUGUUUUCACUAUGUAAUAUUUGAUUUUUUUUUUCUAAGGCUAUGUUUAGUGUAUUACCCAGAAUCAAGUAAAAAUACCUAAAAUUUUAAUUUUCCAGUCAAAAAGAGGAGACACCAAGGCAUCUGAUAAAGCUUCCAUGGCUGGAUUUGAAGUAAUGGUUAACUUCUGUGAAGAGUUGGGGUGAGUUAUCUUUUUGUAACUUUAUGAGAGCCAGUGAAUGUCACUUUUCAAACUAAGCCUGAACGUAAAUACCUUGCAAUUCAUGCUUAAGAAUAUUGACUGUAGAAAACCCAGUUGUUUAAAAGGUAAGAUGAUGCAGAAUCUAUCUAAUUACAUCCUUGAAUUCUCCCACUUGGUUAUGAUUAGGUGAUAAAAUGAGGGAUUUGUGCCGUUAAGAUUUUUUGGUAGGUCUUCAGAAAUGGCAAACGGCAUUCUGUGCUACCAUUAAUAGACAAAGUGGAGAUGCUCUAAUGCAAUGUAGAUAUAACAAGUCAAGCUAUUAUAAGUGUUCACAUCAAUAGCUACAGUAGUGGUUAUGUUGCUUGGAACCAGAUCCAAGAGCUUAUUAAGGACCCUGCUGAAAUGAGCUUACAUUUUAGAGAAUGUGGGGUAUAAAACCACAGACUAACUAUUAAUAUUCAUAAUUAUUUAUUAAAAGUUUUUUCUUGUUCAAAUUAGAAUACUCAAAUAUACUCAAAUAUUUAUUUUAAUUAACAAUAUAAUAAAAACUGCUUAACAAAAAUUAUUUAAGGCUUUAGUAUGCUAAUAAUUAGUGGUGUUUAUACCUAUAAUAUGGAACCCAUGCUAUACAUAGCAUUUUGCGGUAUUGGUUUAAGUCACUAAUAUUAGAAAAAUAUAAACUAUCUUUCUUUAAAACACUGUGUUUUAUAGAAAAAUACAACUCUGUUUGCAAUAUCUGACCUAUUAAGUCUGUCAAUGGAUGAAAUUGGUAUUGCCGAUGCAGAGGUGUAUAAAUAUGGCAAGCAAAUGGGACCCUUGUGCUUUUUGUCAAACUGCCUGAAAACUGACACAGAAUAGGAGACGGCUCCCAUAGCCAACUUGCACCAUAACACUACCAUGGGCUUGCAGUACCAUCUUCCUGCCAAACACCGCACUUUAAAAAAAAAAAAACACAGAGACUUACAAUGCCUCUUAAAUACUAUAGUCUGCCACUGUAUCAUGUAUAACUAUAUAAAAAUAACCCUUUUUUUUUUUUUUUUUAACGGCUUCAAUGGCCAUUGAAGUGUAAGCUCACCUGCCCAUGUCAAGGCAAAACCUUUUAGGGGAGUCCUACACUAACAAUUCACCUUGCUUCUUUCUGCUUAAAGGUAACUUUGCACAAGUAAUUGUGCCAUGUAUACCUUUAAAAACAUUUUAUAGCAGGUAGUAAUGAAAUAGUGUUUUUUAUAUUAAUGUGGCUCUUUGAAAAUCUAUGAUCAUAUUUUCCCGUUGCAUUUUAUUGUGAACAUUGCUUGGCGCCUGGAAACCAUUUUGCUGUUAUCUUUUUUUUCUUUUCUUUUUUUUUCUAACAUAGUUACUAUUACACUGUUGCAUUUCAUUAAUUUUAAUCAAAAUCUCUCUCUUGUUGGUCCAUGCAGUGCCCUGUGUAUAGCACACUCCCUAAUAAGUAUUAUCAUAAGCAUGAUUUGUGUUUCUUUAAAUAUUUUUAUUGACCGUGUUUGUUCAUUUUGUCAAGAUAAGCCAAAUAUAUCCUUACAUCUGUUCAGUGUCUUUUGCAAAGUUUUUUUUUUCUUUUGCAGUAGUAUGCUUAUUAUUGUUUCUAUAUAAAUCAUUUUUGAAAGGACUAUAAGAAUUGUCAGGAAUUCAAAGUGAAUUUUAAAUUUAAGGCCAAGAUAGCUAAACUGGAAACAUUCUCCAAGCGAACUAUGCUUCCAUUUUGGCUAAUUUGGCCUUAAAAGAGCACUAUAGUCAUCAGAACAACUACAGCGUAAUGCUUUUUCUGCGAAAAGGAAGUGUUUACAUUAUUGCCUAGUAACCUCUUGUGGUAGUCACAGUGUGCAGCACUGACAUUCAGCGUCUCAACGCUCUGCAUGGAGACCCUGAACACUCCUCAUAGAGAUUAAUUGAUUCAAUGCAUCUCUACGAGGAGAUGCUGAUUGAUGCAGUGUGGCCAUUUGCAGCGCAUGUGCAAUAGCCACCCAAUGCUUUCCUAUUGGAAAGUAUUGGAUUGGCUCAGAUCGUUAAUUUUUAUGAUCUCAGCCAAGGAGGCAGAAUGGGCGGAGCCAGCCGUGAGAAGACUUGUGCGGCACUGGAAAUAAGGGGAGUAAAAUAACCUUUCGCUCUUCUAACUGUGGGGGGGUGGGUUGGCGAGAACCUAAAGUAUGUUUUUACAGUUAUAGUGUCAGGAAUAUGUUUGUAUUCCAUGAAACUAUAGCGUUCAUUUAGAUUUUUGCAACAAUUCCUACUUUACUGCUUAAAUGCAUAAUCGUGCUAGUAGAAUCACAUGGGAGACAUCUAUUAACUCCCUAAUCCAUGUAAAAAGCAGAUGCAGUUCAUGAUAAAAUGAAACGUAAUGUUUACUGAAAUAGUAUAAAAAAAAUGAGCAAACUCAUGGACAUAGCAAAAAAAAAAAAAAAACCACUCAAAAGCAUGCCCCAUUUAGACGGCUUAACGCGUUUCUUGCGACAUGGAACUUAGUCCUAACCAUAGUGUUUUAGUCCGUUUAUCGACUUUAUCAUCUCCGCUAGCACUAUGAGAGACACAAGUCUCCCAAUUUCCCCAUGCUCCCUUAGCAAACACCUGGACUGUUUGGGAAGACAUCAAAUGCUUUCUCUUUCCAAGCCUCACCACAUAAUGGUUAUAUGCACAUUUUAACUCUGGCCAACUGGCAAACUAAAACAACGUCUACCUUCAUGCAUGUGUUUUAUAGACUAUUCCAUUGGGGGUUUUAAUGCUAACCCACAAGUUCUAACGUACUCUGAUGUUUUUAGAACACGACCUUUAGUGGAAAAUAGCUACAAACAUAAACUAUAUAUAUAAUGAACUCCAAAUCAGAAAUACAUUAUGCUGUCACUUCUAUUCCUCAGUUUUAUGACUCUUCUAUGUCUACUUGUAUCAUGUACUGCCCUUUUCAAACCCCGAUCUUUACCCUCUGUAUUAUAUAAUUGGGGUGCUUACAAUCUGUGCUGUACAAUAUGUUAUGAUGCUGAUGUGGAUUGCCAUCGGGUUUCCCAUUUCUUUGCCACUUGUGAGCUUUAAUGAUGUCCCCAAUUGUUACAAUGGACCUCCUCUAGUGAGGUUUAUUACCAGCUAGGCAGCAUUGCAUUGGUAUUAUCUCAGUGAUGGUUGUUUCCAUAUAGUGAAGUAAUUGAAAGCUUUAUUGGUUACAUUGUGGCUGCUUUGAGUUACUCACUUUUACCAGUAAGUAUACUACACUUCAUGUUGUCCAUACUUUACUAACGAUAUACAUAGUGCAUGCCAGCAUUGGGCACGGCAAUCAUUGGUGAUGGGUGGUGAGUACUUUAUUUUUGUAUUAUUUGUUAUUUUUGCUAAAUACCCAGUGUCUGAACUGUUUGUCUUGAAUUCUUUGCGGUAGUAACAUCACUGCACAUUUGUAAUUUCUGUGGGAAAAGCAAGCCUUAUGGCUUGACUGGUGUGCAGAUUUGUGUUUAACAUUGUAUUAACUAUCCACUGACUUCAGGUGGAAGGGGUUUUCAAUCACAAUUUUCCCCAACAUACCUUUUUGGUUAUAUAUAUAUAUAUAUAUAUAUAUAUAUAUAUAUAUAUAUAUAUACACACACACACACAUACAGUAUCUCACAAAAGUGAGUACACCCUUGUAAAUAUUUUAUUAUAAUUUUUCAUGUGACAACACUGAAGAAAAGACACUCUGCUACAAGCCAGUAUAACAGCCUGGUACAGCCUGUAUAACAGUGUAAAUUUGCUGUCCCCUCAAUAUAACUCAACAGACAGCCAUUAAUGUCUAAACCGUCGGCAACAAAAGUGAGUACUGUCCAAAUUGCGCCUAUUUAGUAAUGAUUCCUUCCCGGUGUCAUGUGACCUGUUAGUGUUACAAGGUCUCAGGUGUGAAUGGGGAGCAGGUGUGUUAAAUUUGGUGUUAUCGCUCUCACACUUUCUCCUACUUGUCACUGGAAGUUCAACAUGGCACCUCAUGUCAAAGAACUCUCUGAGGAUCUGAAAAAAAGAAUUGUUGCUCUACAUAUGGCCUAGGCUAUAAGAAGGUUGACAAGACCCUGAAACUGUGCUGCAGCACGGUUGGCAAAACCAUACAGCAGUUUCACAGGACAGGUUCAACUCAGAACAGGCCUCGCCAUGGUCGACUAAAGAAAUUGAGUGCACGUGCUCAGAUUCAUAUCCAGAGGUAGUCUUUGGGAAAUAGAUGUAUAAGUGCUGCCAGCAUUGCUGCAGAGGUUGAAGGGGUGGGGGAUCAGCCUGUCAGUGCUCAGACCAUACGCCGCACACUGCAUCAAAUUGGUCUGCGUGGCUGUCGUCCCAGAAGGAAGCCUCUUCUAAAGAUGAUGCUCAAGAAAGCCUGUAAACAGUUUGCUGAAGACAAGCAAACUAAGGACAUGGAUUACUGGACCCAUGUCCUGUGGUCCGAUAUGACCAAGAUAAGCAUACUUGGUUCAGACGGUGUCAAGGUGAAAUGUUAGUGUAGGACUUACCUAAAAGCUUUUGCCUUGACAUGGCAGGUGAGCUUACACUUGAAUGGCCAUGAAUGCCAAAAUGUACUGUGACAUACUGAAGCAGAGCAUGAUCCCCUCCCUUAAGAGACUGGGCCGCAGGGCAGUAUUCCAACAUAACGACCCCAAAUACACCUCCAAGACGACCACUGCCUUGCUAAAGAAGCUGAAGGUAAAGGUGAUGGACUAGCCAAGCAUGUCUCCAGACCUAAACCAUAUUGAGCGUCUGUGGGGCAUCCUCAAAUGGAAGGUGGGGGAGCACAAGGUCUCUUAUAUCCACCAGCUUUGUGAUGUCGUCAUGGAGGAGUGCAAGAGGACUCCAGUGGCAACCUGUGAGACUCUGGUGAACUCCAUGUCCAUGAGGGUUAAGGCAGUGCUGGAAAACAAUGGUGGCCACACAACAUAUUGAAACAUUGGGCCCAAUUUGGACAUUUCCACUUAGGGGUGUACUUAACUUUGUUGCCAACAGUUUAGACAUUAAUGGCUGUGUGAGUUAUUUUGAAGGGGACAGCAAAUUUACUGUUAUAUAGGCUGUACACUUGCUACUUUACAUUGUAGCAGAGUGUCAUUUCUUCUGUGUUGUCACAUGAAAAGAUAUAAUAAAAUAUUUACAAAAAUGUGAGGGGUGUACUGUGUGUGUGUGUGUGUGUGUGUGUGUGUGUGUGUGUGUAUAUAUAUAUAUAUAUAUAUAUAUAUAUAUAUGUGUGUAUAUACUCCAUCAGCGAGUUUAAAUUUAGCACUGGUGAGUAUGGCAUGGACUCUUUAAGCUUGCAGUGGAAGGCCUGGCUAGAGUAGGACUUGACAUUUUAAGCUGUGAGUGUAUAAUUUGAUUGCAAACACAAAUUAUCCAGAGAAGACUAUUAUAUAUUAUGUUAGGGUAUUUUUAGAUUUUUAAUAAUAAUGUAUGCGUUUAUUUAAUUAAUAUAUAUAUAUAUAUAUAUCUCUUUUAAAUGGUCAGAAAAAGAUAUAUUUAUUAAAGGUAGGAGAUGGAUUUGAAAGCUGUAUAAGAAGAGUUUGCGGCUUUGCAGAUGAAUUGAAAAUUUAAAACUGAAAAGUGUAGCUGGCUUAUGUAUUUGCUAGAGAAGGGACAGAUCUAAAGAAAGAGACAGUGUGGGAAAUUGCAAAAGAUAAUUCAUCACAAUCAAAGAACCUAAAUAUUUAGUGCAGUCAUCACUCUCCUCUUCUUUGACAUCACAGAAGUAUUUCAGAAUUUUUUUAUUACUUUGACAUGUGAAUAGCAUUGUCAUUGUCUAAGCGGAAUACAGUAUACUGUAUGAUUACAAAGGUACAUCCCUAAACAAGUACCAGCUUGUCUAGAAACUCAGUCUGUAAGCAAUAUUUCUUAGUAUUUUAUGCCUCCUGCUGUGUCCACACCCUUGUUUGUGGAACCCAGGUGAAAGAAGAAUACAUGAGCAUCCCUUUUCAAUUGCUGUUGGGUGACUGGUUCUCCUACAUAUUACUGAUGCUAUUAAGGUAUAAUUUCUCCUAUUGGAUCUCCAUGAGAACAAAUGCUAUUUAAAAAAAUACAAAAUAAAAAAACACCAGGUUAAGUUACAUCAAGUGAUUUUGUCAUGCAAGAAAGAUGUACUGAUGUACUGUAGGCCAUUGUGUCAGGCAAAGAUUUAAUGAAGUAUUGAACAAAGUGUUCUAAGCCAGGUUAAGACUGCUUGCAUCAGAACCAUAACAUACUAUUAUGCCAGAGAGAGCUUUUCUUUCUUUAUUACCAGGCCCUCCAGAGCCUUUGCAGUAAUUAUCUGAUAUUUUGUUUGCGCACAAGAUGCUAUACAAGUUAUUUUUCUUGACUUAACGUAGAUGUUUAAUAAUCAAAUUCCUGAGCACACGAUAAAAUAAGUAAGCCGACUUUUUUGGAGCAACGUUUCAGCUCCGCUAUAGAACCUUCAUCAAGCACAAUACACCAACCAGUAUCUCAAAUAUUUAUAGGUGAACACAAAAAACAUGACCAUAAUUACCAUUUACUGUGAAAUAAACAUGACAACGUCACUUCCGUCCACAAAAAAAACUAGAAUAGUUUUCAAAAAAUAGUUUCAGUGCCAUAAUAGUGCAUGGAGAAGGAACUGGGUUAUGCAAACCAAAAUUGUAGAACUAUCUGUUUUAGAAAAAAAAGAUAUUAAGACUAACAGUGAUCAAACCAGAGUGUCUGAUGUGUCACUUCUGGUAUCGGAAAAGACUGAAAUCCUAUAGAAGGUUUUCAGAUUACCUCCCAUCUGGUUUGAUGGCGGAAGUUAAAAACUUUUUCUCUCACAGGGCAUUGUCCUUAUUAUACAUUUUCCAUCGAUCUAUAAUAAAAGUUUUUAUAUGUACCUAUUAUAUGCCUCAAUAGGAUAUAAAAUAUUAAUCCACAAUUUUGAAAAUUGAAAAGAUGAAAAGUACAAACUUAGCGAUAGAGCAAAUAUAUUUAAGGGGUCACUAUAGUCACCAGAACAACUACAGCUUAUUGAAUUUGUUCUGGUGAGUAGAAUCAUUACCUUCAGGCUUUUUGCUGUAAACACUGUCUUUUCAGAGAAAAUGCAGUGUUUACAUUACAGUGUAGUAAUAACUUCACUGGCCACUCCUCAGAUGGCUGCUAGAGAUCCUUCCUGGGCCUAAAAUGCAUCCAAACAUUCAGUAUCUCCUCCCUCUGCAUGCAGACACUGACCUUUACUCAUAGAGAUUUAUUGAUUCAAUUUAUCUCUAUGAGGAGAUGCUGAUUGGCCAGGUUUGAAUUGUGCUGGCUCUGCCCUGAUCUGCCUCUUUGUCAGUCUCAGCCAAUCCUAUGGGGAAGCAUUGUGAUUGGAUCAGGCUACCACUUCUGCUGAUGUCAGCAGGCGGGGGGCAGGUCAAAGGAAACCGUGAUAGAGCAAACAGCUCCAGACUUGAAUACAAGUAAGAUUUUACUAUAUUUAGGGAGACAUGAGGGGACCAGGGUAGCUAGAUGGUGGUUUUAACCCUAUAGGGUCAGGAAUACAUGUUUGUGUUCCUGACCCUAUAGUGCUCCUUUAAUAGAUAAUAGAUUAUUAUUGUAUGUAACAAGAAGACAGCUUGGAGUCCAUCGCACCCCAUUACAUUGUUCACCCCCUAUCCUGAAUCAGGAGCAGCAAAGAAGCUUUACUUUUGUGUAGCUCCCCCCAGCCUUCUAAAAAGGCCAAAAGCAGGGAUUAUAGGCAGAAAAAUAGAACGGAGUCUGUGUACCAAAUUAAAACCGUUUCUCCACUGUCCCAUACUAUACUUCAGAUAUUCCUCCACUGCCCCUUCUCUUAUCAUGACUGUAUUCCCAAUAUUCCUCGGCCGAAUAGAUUGUAUGGAUUGCCCUCAUUUCAUCAGCCUAGAAAUAAAUAAAUACAGUUUUUGGGUGCUUUGAAAAGUGCUUAGCAGUGAAGGGUUAACAGACCACAUUUAUUCUCAAAUGCGAGUAAAAUAUUUUAUUAAAAAAAUCAAGACCUAUUUACAGCAAAAACAUGCAUACACAGAAAAGACAUUACAUCAAAUUCACUUUGUACUGCAACCCUGACUACCCCGUGAACUCUUUAGAAAGACAUGUCUUUAAACUGGCACUUUUUAUUUUGACUUCUUUGAGUUCCUUUUGUACUUUUGGCUACUUCUCAUUUAUAAUACAGAAUGGCAAAGCUGCUUGUGUAUCUCUUCUAGUUCCUAUGAUGUGCCCCUUUCCUCACUAUGUAAAGCUAUGUCUGCUUUCCAGCUGAGUGCAUCUAACUUAUUGCAUUCUUCUGUCGAGAAACACAUCUUUCAAGUGAUUUAUUUAUAGUGAGCUGUUGUCAAAAAAAAAAAAAACCCUGCAAACUUUUUUUAAGGCACAUUGAUGAUCAAAUAUUUUUUCGCUCAUCCUGUAUUUUAUUUCUUGUAAAACAAAACUCCAGUUACAAAAUGUAAAAAAGACGCUUUGGUGCUCACAAAAAUGAUACUCUUUGGUCUAUUCGUACUAGGGUAGAACCCUGGAAUUUUGGUUCACAGAAACCCUGGGCGGUAUAUAAAAGUUGACCAAAUUUGUUUCAAUGGCUACUAUGGCCAUUUUUUCAUAAAUACUAAUGUAUAAAUUAAAUAUACUUUUUUUAAUACAGUUUGUUUUUAUUGCCAUUUAAGUGCUUUAAAGUUAAAGUAAUUUUUUUUAUGUUUUUGUUAAUAAAUCUAUACUAAUUGAGGGGAAUCUUAGGGUAUAUAGUUUACAGGGGAGAAAGGUUUCUCACAGGGAAUUGCCCCUUAAAAAGGACAUCUGGUCACCUAAUACAACUAUAGUUUAGUGUUGUUAUUGUGGUGUCUAGAGCCUGUCACUUGAGGGGCUUCCUGGGUUGAUAUUUAACGUCUCCAUGCUCUGCACGGAGGCGCUGAACGUUCCUCAUAGAGAUGCUUUGAUUCAAUGCUUCUCUAUGAAAAGAUUUUGAUUGGCGCAGCAUGGCAUUUUGUAGCGUAUGCGCAAUAGGCUUCCAAUGCUUUCCUGUGGGAAAGUAUUGGAUUGGCUGAGAUUGUAAAGUUUGACGAUCUCAGUAAAUAGGCGGAGCCAGCCACUACAAGACCCACAGAGUGCUGAAAAUAAGGUGAGUUUAAUACCUUUUACUUGUCUGACAGUGGCCCGGGACCUAAAUAUCACUAUUAGAACUAUAGUGACAGGCAUACAUGUUCGUAUUCCUGACACUAUAGUGUUCCUUUACCUUUUAUGGCCAAUGUAUUCUUACAUUACAAUAUUUGUGUUAUUUCAGAUAAAACGGGACAGAGUGGAUGUUAAUAUUCAUAGAGAGACAAAAUAUAACUUUUAAGGGGAAACUUUUAUCAAGUCAAACUUUUAUAUUCCUGUAUAUCGUACUUUGCUUAUAAAAAAUUUAGACUACAUUAAAAUAUAUCUCUUGACUCGACAGAGCAACCUGUGUAGUUAUCAAAUACCAAAUUUUGACUAUUCUUCUGUUGACGGCUCUUUCUGCUGAUAUAAAGAAUUUCAACUUCUCAAGCCUGUCUAAAAGGAACAUUAAAAGUCUGUUUGGAGGUAACGGCACAUUCUAAUGGCUGUUAUGUUAACUUUUUUUUCUUUUUAAAUUUCCAUAUCAUUCUAACUGUUCAUUGGUUGUGCAAUCUUAGCCAAUGAAUGAACGUCAAAGAUUAUGCACAGAAAAAACAUUAGCCAGGAUGGAAUUCUUUUUCCAGCCAGGCUACGGAAGGCUCGCGGAGGUGGAGUUAAACCUCCAGGAGCAGCAAUAAACAUCUCAGUAUGUGUGUAGCGUUUCUUACUGAACUCCUGCACACACAGGGUCCUUGUACCAUGACCACUACAAAACACUGAAGUGGGGGUUAUGGUGCUAAGAGUGACUCUUUAAAGGUGGCCUGCUAGCAACCUAACCACUGCAGCUCAGUGUAUUGGUUAUUUUUCAAAUAUUUUCUUGGGACCAUCCCCUGGAUUUUUGUCAAACAGUUAAGGUGCUUUCCCUGCCCCUGAAGGCCACCUUUUCAUCUGCAUUGAUACUGCACAAUUUACAUUUUGCAAUAUCAGUGUCAAUGUUGUUCUACCUGUAUGGUGGUAACUGGCAACAGUCUUGGUGAGGGAUAAGCCCAGCACUCUCAGACUAUCAGUGCAGUCCGGGUUGAACUAAAUGAACAAUUCUAAUGCGAUAAUUUGACUUCUUGCCAGGUUUUAUAACUCAUUCCCUUCGUGGUUUGUUCUGUGUUGCUAUUUUUGUUGUUUUAAGAUUAUAAGAAUAACCGCGAGUGUGUAGUUUUCCCUUGGAGCAUUGACAUUUUGUUAUAGUUUUAUAUUUUGUCUGUAGAUAGAUCUGUUUUUGCCUGUUUCCAAGGAAUGAGGAGAUGUUAUAGAUGUUUUCUUAAUACGCUCUUUGUUUCAGUGUUGCCUUCACCCUACCAGUUCACUGAAAACUUUUCUAAUCCAUGGCGUGGUAUAUUAGUUUUCUUUUAAACAUCAGUAAAAAAUGUCAGACCCCACUUUUUCUCAAAUUUCAUUGCAUCCAAUUUUCCACACUUUGUAGCAGCAUCUAUUGCUCUUUAAGAUAAGUCCUCUUUGGGAUGUCAAGUACCAUAUAGUUGGCCUAUGUUUUUGCUUGUUGGAAGUCAUAUCAUGGUAGUCCGUGGAUACAUGCUUUAGACACAUUCUACUGCAUGUUCUUCCAGGUGGCUUUACACAUCAGAUUUUGGCACCACCCUGUCCACACGGUGCUUCUUGCUCGUACAGCAGCAUUGAGAGCAUGCAAAUACCCCAAUCAGCAGCACCACACCUGAGAAAAAUAAACUUUUGUAAAUAUCACUUAGAACAGUGCCUUGCUUCUGGACAUUAAAUUGACUGAAUUGCAUUAGGAGCUGUGCCAUCAAAAGUAUUUUAUUAUUAGCUAAAAUUUUAUCCUGUUUUGUGGCAAUCUAAAAACUGUGUUAUAGUUAAAUGGACACUGUAGUCACCAGACCCACUGCAGCUCAAUGUACUCAGACAGCCACUAGAGGUGCUUCCUAUUCCAGUGCUGCACAAGGUGCAGUAUCUGUGCUCUACAUGGAGACACUACAUGGAGACAUAUCAGUGUCAAUCUUGUUCGACCUGGAUGGUGGUAACUGGCAACAGUCUUGGUGAGUGAGAAGCCCAGCACUCUCAGACUAUCAAUGCAGUCCAGGUUGAACAAAAAAACCCUAUAGAGAUGCAUUGAUUCAAUGCAUCUCUACGAGGAGAUACUGAUUGGUGCAGCACAACAUUUAGCUGCGCAUGCGCAGUAGCCUCCCAUUGAAAAGCAUUGGAUUGGCUAAGAUCAUCAUUAUCUGAUUGAUGAUCUCAGGCAUGGUGGCGUAGCGAGAAGGAAAGACAGCCACUAGAUAUGUUUUCUACUCCAAUGAACUUUGCCUAAAAAAAUAACAGCAAUAAUUUAGAUUGCAGGGUUAAAACUAAAGCAUCAUUUAGAUGAAGUGGUCUGGGUGCCUUUAGUAGUCCUUUAAUUCUCCAGGUGUUAGAGAGGAAAUGCGUGUUGGCUUUCUGCACGUUUAAUCUCCUGAGUUUAAAAAUAAUUGGGCACGGAGGAACAAAAAUCUUCUAAACAUUAAUAAUAAUAAAAAGUUACAUUUCCAAACGUAUUAUAAAGCUGCCUUGCAUAACAUUAAACUAUUUGCCAAAAUGGCAGUACUUGCUGACUGCUUGCGUUGUUACUUUACUGCGUUUUUCAUGAACCAAAAUAAUGGUGGUUGCUUUGGUAUCUGCUAAUACAGCAGGACACAUACACCUUCUAUACUCACCAAUGAACGUUAGGAUAAUGGAGAACGAUAUAAUCUCUACAGUAUCUGCCUGGGGAAUCUGCUUUAGUUUCUGCAAAAGUUUUUCCCCCAUAUCCGAGAUCUCCAUCUUUAGGUCUUGGGAAGACAUGGCAACUAUAAUAAAAUGAGAAAACACACUAAAAUAAGGAGAAAAAAAAAAAACUUGCCACCAGUGCCGAGUGGCUCCACUCUACAAUCACAAAUAAAUGCAGAAAGGCCUGAGCACAAUAUUGGAUUAAAUCCAAGGUAGAUUUAUUGAGGCAUACUGUGCAGUGCUUCAGAUUACUAUGGCUCUUAGUGAGCCGAAGCGCCGCACAGUAUUCUUUAAUAAAUCUUCCUUCAAUUUAGUCCAUUUUUGUGCCCUGUCCUUUCUUCAUUUAUUUGGAAUAUGGCGGCACCCACAAAGCGCUUUGACAUCAGUUGUUAGUAGGAGAGAAGUUCAUUCCUAAACUGCUUCUGGCUUCAGCUUGAUGCAUCAUAACCUUGUAAAUAUUGCAACCCCCCCCCAAAGAGGUCAGCAGCGUAAUGAUUCUCUACACAUAUUUCUGUGAAGUUGCAAUUUCACAUUCUAAGUCAUUCUUUGUCCUUGUAGUUACUUUGCGUUCAUUUUAUAAAUAAAGUUAUGGUGUUGAUGUUUUAUGUUAACAGUGGGACACAUUAUCUAGAUAACACACAGGUUGUCACCAACAAAUCCAAUUGCUAAAGACUGUAGCAAUUGGGAAGUGGCUGGGAUAUUUUAGCCAAUCCUUGAUCUACCAUUCAACAAUGGAUGAAGCAGGGUCACAUAAAGGGACACUCUAAGGACUACAUUCACUACAACAAGCCAGAGCCAUCGCUAGGUUCCACAAACACAUGGGGCUUCAGCCCAAAGCAAAACUUGGUGACCCCUACAUUAAAAGAGAGGCAGGGAUAUGUCAUUACAUAAACCCACCUAUCCUAUGUCCCCUUCUCUGUUCUACUUAUACUUCCCAAGUCCUCAAAGUAUAACCAGAAACAAGCACAUGCCACAUAACCAGGUAAUGCGAUCCCGACACACUGCCGAAAUAAUAGCAACGUUCUGGUGCCCCCCCCAGGUGACUGCCCAACCCUUCCCCUAAAUAUCAUUGCACAGUACUAUACUUCUGAUUUUUUCCAUCAGGUGGCUGCUUUGAGAAACAACUUCAACAUGUAACAUUAAAAACAAAAAACAAAAAAAACAACAAAUACAUCACCAAUAUCCACCUUCUUCCUCCACAACCGAUAGAAAUCUACAUCUAAUGUCUGAGCUGCCAGCUACCAAAGCUCCACAGCAAUACCCACGCAGCAAGCUGUAGAGUUUAUGGAGCCAGGAGUCCCCUAGCACCAUCACAAUGCUGAGAGACAAACUGUUUUCUACUUGUAACUGUGGGGUCGUGUCAUAGGGUAAUUACCACCAUAACCACUACAGCGUACUGGAGUGGUUAUGGUAGUUUGUGUCCCUUUAAAUAUUGCCAGUGUUGCUUUGUAGAUGAAUUAUGGUGAGCAUUCCCUUUGCUAUAGUGAUUUAAGCUGCCUGCAGUAGUGUUCAGUGAAGUGGUUCCUGUUUGCUAUUCCUCUUCGCCGUAUACAAACAUAGCUUUUUGCAAACUUUAAAAAAUUAAAUUUUGAAGAGAAAUAUAAGAGAGAGCGAGAGCACUGACAGGGCCUAAAGACAGGCCUUAAAUAUUUUCUGACAAUGCUGCAUUGAGUAGACUGAUAAUUAUGUGUUAUUUGGACUUCUUGAUAUCUAUCUGUCACUGUAUAUAAACAUAGGCUGGCCAUAUAAUUAUGCACAUAAAGGAAAAUGUAUUUCUUGAAUACUUUAACCCCCUUAAGGACACAUGAUGGAAAUAUUCUGUCAUGAUUCCAUGUUAUUCCAGAAGUUGUGUCUUUAAGGGGUUAAAAGUAAGAUUUGCCUCCUAGGGAGAAACUUGCCGAACUCCUAUACCGUGUCUAAGCCAGUUAAUAAACAGUCAUAUUAAGUACCAUACAAUGUCACAUUGUUCAGCACAUGUGUGUGUUGAAAUUCACCUUCAGUCGCUAGGUAUCAUGAUAUAAAUAACCUCCUCCUAGUGUAUGCUACUGGCAAGGUAAAACAAUUCUCAGGGUCAUUAAUUGAAAUGUGCACAAACAUUGUUAGUCUAAAUUUUAAUGUAAUAAAAUCCAAAAGUCAAAAUUCAGAAACAGUAGCUGAUCUGGAAAAAAUUCCAACUCUGCUAUAAUCCUAGCUUGGCUAUUAGAACCGAAAUUUGUCAAUUCCAAAUUUAAUAUUACAAGUUCAGAGUUUAGUGAAUAUACCCCAAAGUGAAUUUUCCAAUCUGGUUCUUUUUGCCUAAAAUUGGAAAGUCACUUUGAAUCCACUUUGAAUUCCCAGUAAAUUAUACUUUACUGAACAAUGCUUGAGUGCAGUUCUACUUUCUUUCUGGGUUGAAAACAGUUAGUGAGCUUACCUUUAACCCCUUAAGGACCAAACUUCUGGAAUAAAAGGGAAUCAUGACAUGUCACACAUGUCAUGUGUCCUUAAGGGGUUAAAGGUCAACUUGGCUGAGGGUGAAAGGAGUGGCCGUUUAAUAUAGAACUCUGGGAAUCUAAAUCCUAUUCCAGUUUCUAAUCUCUCUUUCUCUCCAGAAAAUUGUUCGUGUACCGUGUUUAUUGUCUACAAUACAAUAUUUCUGAAUUCCAUGCCUUUGUCUUUAAACUGUAUAACUGUUGUACUUGUAUACUGCAUUCACAAGGCUGUAAUCCAACAAUGUUGGAUUACAAUGUUGUGUGGCAGUUUUCCCGUGCCAAACAAAUAAAGUAUUAAAGAAAAAAAAAAGCCGCUGCAAGACUGGAGGAUUGAUGAAGUCACACACCAGAGGUGUAUUUCUACACACAGGACUAAACUUUCACUUGUCAAGGCGAAUAUAUAUAUAUUUUUCAGACAGAAUUAUUAUUUUAAUAUUCAUACUAAGAAUGAAUAGAUGAUAAAUCUCUGGUAGCAUAAUACACUUCAAUGCAUUUAGGGUUAUUUACUAAAAAUAAUUUCAAAGGGAAUUUUUAUUUUAAGGUCAGAGUAGCUGAACUUAGAGAAUUUUUCCAACUUGGCUGUUAUGAUCUUAAAACUGAAAUUCAGACUUUGGAUCCUCACUUGAUUGAAUAACUGGGCUUGACUCUCGAUCCCGCGAUAUUAUUGUAGCAAGUUACACAGGGUUAUUCGAGUAGCUUAGUUCUGUCACAACGGGUGGCAAACAAUUUGCGGAGGUUGCUACCCACUACACUCAUGACUCUCACCCCUUUGUCUGUAGAGGCUGUGCUCAUUAUAUAAUCCUUCUAAAAUAUUAUUACGUCACUUUACUGACUCAUCCCACUACUCUGCAUCUCUUGAAUCUUUGUGUUUGGGAGACCUCCCACCUUCUUUAAUUCUUAUGUGUUUUAUACACAACAUUGCUGGCUAAUAACCUUUCCUAAAAAAAUAACAGCAAUAAUUUAGAUCGCAGGGUUAAAACUAUGGCAUGGACAACCCUUCUCUCUCACUCCCUUUUUUAAUAGCUUUAUUCCCCCAGCUUUUUGUCCCCUCUCACUCAUUUUUGUUUUAUUACUAUUUGUCCACCCAGUUUCCCACCCUCUGUGCCCUUGUAUUAAUGAAGCACUCUCAUCGUUUAAAUGUAAGAGCGCCUUAGGGAGGGGCAGGGAUUUACUUGUUGCCAAAAUUUAUCAUUCUAAUAAACAGAGCUUCGUGAUGCUAGCAUGCAGCUUUCUCUGGGUUGUUUGUCAUUAUUAAUGAUGACCGUUUUGAAAGCAGACAGGUUUGUUUAUCACGGGAAUCUCUGAUAAAAUUCUGAUGGAGUUACAGCAGGAAUACAAUGGAUAAGAAAGCUUUUGGCAGUGUGCUGUGUAGUGAAACGCUGUGUUUUCACUGCUUGCACCUGUUACUUGUUUAAUGCAUAACUCCACUAUUGCAGCUGCUAAGUGAGUGUCUACACACACAAAACAGUUUUCAUUGAGUCGUGCCUUUCUAUUGAUUUCUCUACUUUGAGUGUAACCAAAACAAAACACCCUGCCAUUCUAGACUCCUCAGCACAAUAGAACCCUGAUGGGUUAUUCGCAACAUGCUUGCUUGUAAGUCUGAUUACAAGUAUCUUGGCAAAGAUACACAUUUACAAAUUUUAUACAGUAUUCUAAAAUAAACAUUUACAAAAGGCAUAUGGAGUGACUAUUUAGAUAAACUGUCACAAAUUUAAAAAAACAAAAAAAACAAAAACAAAACUGGAUUGCCACAAAGGAUCAAUUAAAUCUUUUGUAAUUUUGUCAUCCUGGAUCUAAUUAUUUUGUCCCAGUUAUAUUUUAUAGAUUGAAAAACAUGCACAUGCAGCUUAGACGCCUGUGUAUCUAAGCUUUCUGCUUCCCUCUGCUUUAGUGUAACUCACUCAGCUUCAGUAAAUCUGACCCGUUUGCCAGCAUAUCUUUCUCCUUACCCAUCUGUACCCUCUACCCUCAAAAUACUUCUGCCCAUUGUACCAACACGUCUUUCAUUUUUUCACCAGUGCAACCUGCCAUGUUAUUCCAGUACGUCUUACCCCUCUGUUCCGGGACGUCUUAGCCUCCUGCUGCAGUUUUGGAUCUUCCUUAUUUGUCUUUCACCCCCAUGCAGCCCCUUAGCUGACCAGUGUGCUUCUCUGACAGCUGCCUGUUCCCUAAACUAUUUUCUAGCUCCCUUGGUUGUCCUGGAGAUGGGAGGUUUUAUGUUACAGUCCCUCCUGGAAGAGGAGGGCAGGAGUUUGUGUUUCUGGGUUGCAAAGGGAUGUGGAGACUAACAGCUGGGGCAGCUCUGUUGGUCUGACAGUAGGGAUGAGUUUCACAGUCUCGCCCUCAUUGUCUAUUGUGAAAGAUCUGUUCAGCCGGUAGUUUGAUCCCCCUCCUACUGCUUUAACUUAUUCUGAAUGGAAAGAACUGAAAGAAGUUAAAGCAAGCUGUUUGCAUCGCUCUGUUACAUUCUGUCUGUUAGUGCUGUUAAAGCACUCUGCUGGCAAAUGCUGUUUCUGUACUACACCAUGCUUGCUACUUGCACAGAGAAGUUUCUUGUCUGUUUACUGACACGCUGCCUGUGAAAGGAGCUUUUCUUUGGUUUGCAAUGUGAAAAUUAGAGCUCGGCUCAUGCAAGGACUAGCCCUGAAAGAGAUCUUUGUGGCUAUUCCAAGAGAUGGCAGACAAGUGACAGAGACAGAUUCUUCCUAGAGACAGCAGUCACUUUCCCUGGAAAUAGAGAGUAUUUUAUUUUAAAUUUUAGUAGUGUUAGGAAUAGAAAUGUAUAGUGCCCUCAUCCAUUGUCAUAUACAGCUUUCCCCCCCCUUUUUUUCUCUUAAAAUUAAUCAAAUAAUGUUUUUAGUCCCCUCUUUCCAGUACUGAAACUCCCUCGGCCCUGCUUACUUCUCUGCCUUCUAUGACAUCAUUGAGGAAGCAUAGCCUGCUCCGGCAAUGAUUUGGGGAAUUCUCCUCAUAGAGGGGACCUAAUACGCAUGUGCUGUUUCCAAGCUUCUCCAUUGGAGAACAUUUUAUUAAUUGACUGACCACUGCGGCAGAAGUGCCUAUAGUGGGUGUCGGGAAGAGGUGGGUUUAACCCCUUAAGGACGGUGUGCGUUCUAUGUCGUCCUUUGAGACCCGGCUCUAAACACCAGCGGGCGACAUAGCACGUCCACGCCGUCCACGGGACUUACCUGCUCGCCGGUGAUCGCAAAGGGGCGACUUACCUGGCAUCCCAGGGAGUCCCCCUCCUGCUGAUCCGGCCCUCCUGGGCCAUGUGAUCGCGAGGUCCUUGUGAGGACCUCACGAUCACAUGGACGGAAUAGCCGUCCAUAGCAGUGCAAGCAGCAGUGUGCCUGGAAUGACAGGUAGUCCCACUGCUGCCUGUAAUAAAGUAUAUAUUUUAAUUCUACAUAUAUAGUUAUGUAAUAUUUUUACAUAAUUAAGUAAUUUUAUUACAAUUUGCGGGACCUGCCAGAGAAUUUAAUGUACUAGCAGUAUAUUUAACCCUGUAACUUUCCAAGACACCAUAAAACCUGUACAUGGGGGGUUACUGUUUUACUCGGGAGACUUCGCUGAACACAAAUAUUAGUGUUUCAAAAUUUUUCCCACACAAACGGCACUUACACUGACAAUUGCUGUGAUAUGUUUUACGGUUUGGAAACACUAAUAUUUGUGUUCAGCGAAGUCUCCCGAGUAUAACAGUACCCCUCGUGUACAGGUUUUAUGGUGUUUUCAAAAGUUACAGAAUCAAAUAUAAGGCUUGCGUUUCAGUUUUUUCACAUUUAAAUCAGCCAGAUUGGUUACAUUGCCUUUGAGACCGUAUGGUAGCUCAGGUAUAAAAAUUACUCCCAUGAUGGCAUAACAUUUGCAAUAGUAGACAACCCAAGGUAUUGCAAAUGGGGUAUGUCCAGUCUUUUUUAGUAGCCACUUAGUCACAAACACUGGCCAAAAUUGGCAUUCAGAUGAGUUGUUUUGCAUUUUUCACACAAACAAAUAUUAACGCUAACUUUGGCCAGUGUUUGUGACUAAGUUGUUUGAGAAUAUGUGGACAUUUGUCCACGUGUGAUGGUCAUGCCGGAAUAUCUCCCCCCUUCUGGCCUGAGGUGCAACGUUUAAAUGAAAAUUAGUCGGGCUACUUCUCCUAAACCAAGGCAACCUUUUAGUAGGCAACUUGUAGUAGUGCUGUGCAAAACAAGAUUUAAAAAAAAAUAAAAAAUUGGGGUGUGUAUGUUGCCGUAUUCUGCUUGUUUUAUUUAUCGGUAGUUGCUUUCUAGCGGUGUAAUUGUGCGUAUGUGGAAUGUUAUAUAUUUCAUGAGUAUUGUGUGUAUGUGUGUGUUUUUUUUUUUUUUUAAAUAAAUUCCUUAUUGUUCUGUACAGGAGGUUUACAAAAAUUCUUGAGGUGCCACAACAGCACAUAGAGGCUUUUCAACAGAGGCAAUAUCAUGACACAUACAAAUUCCACAUUUUAGUAUAAUAAACAUGGUCAGAUAGAACUUGUCAGGAGAUAGGGAAACCGAAGUGGUAGAUAAAUCCUGCUAAGCUGACGGACAGUAUAGUAAGUUGGUUUAGAAAACAUCAUAGUAAACACGCUGAUAUGGUAAACAAAAGAGGAAUCCUGUCGAUAGAGAGGUAUAUGUGAUACUGCUGGAUACACAAACUGACAUUAUGAUUUACUUAUGAUGCCAUUGGGUGCAAGAAAAAGUACAUGAUAAAAACUCAAGAUAGAUGUUAAGCCUAUCACUCUGCAUUUGCAAUAGCUGUGUGUUUAACCCCUUAAGGACAUGGCAUGAUUCCUUUUUAUUCCAUAAGUUGGGUCUUUAAGGGGUUAAAUACCACCAUUGCCGUUCACCCUAUAUCACAAAUAGGCCAGGUUCGGGAGCUCAUUUCCAUGCCAGGACUGUUGCUCUUCCCCUUCAUUGCUAAGCUGUGCUGUGUGGAACACUGGGUGUCACUCUGCGUGGGAAGUGUUAGUCCACCUUGACUUGGUGCCCUGUAACUACGGGUCUGGUCCUGUGAGGAGGGUAGUGCCCUAUGUCCAUGUAUCUGCCAUUUCCACGUGGCAAAAUCUUGUGCCUGCAGGGUCCCCUGAACCAGGUUGCCCCUAUGGGCGAAUGGACGGCUGUCCAGCACACUCACCAGACAGGCCCCUGGCCCAGAAGAGAAAUGGGCUGCAUGGCAAGAUUUGUUGGACUGUGGGAUAGGAGUAGGUAUCUCUGCACGGGUGUCAAGUCGAUGCCAUCAAACGAUUUUCUCCAUUCCUGGAUGAAUAUUGGCUGCACUGAAGCACCGACUCAGCUGCCAUUUUGGACGCGCCACACGGGUCUCAUAGUUCCUGACGAGGAGUUUGUUGCCUUGGAAGUUGUGGAGACCCGGGUGACACCCCCGGUCCUAAAGGGGGUGAGAUUUGCUUCCAGAGCAGGAAGAUUGUCCGCCUCUCCUCGCUGUCGGGUAUUAGUCUCAUGACACCGGUGGCUGGAGUCUGCGCAGAGCGGCUCAGAGUGGGCUUCAAUAACCCCCUGUCAACCCAGUGCAGCAGCUGGUCCAGCAUCAACAAGUUGUGGUGGCUGUAAGUUGAUUUUUGUUCUCAGGUGCUGGAGCUACUUAGGCAUGCGUCUGGCCAUUUUGGGAGUCAUGCCCCACCCCUGGGUUGUCUUGUAGUAUUGUAUGUGACCCUGCUUAUGGGGUUAUGUUUGUGGGGGCUGCGUGUGUGGGCUGUUUGUAUUAUUUGUAUGAGGGUGGGCUUAUUCUGCAGCUUUGUGAAUAUGUAGUAGUGCGGAUAGCUUCCCUGGGGACAAGGAUGGCCAGGUACAGGUCAAGAAAAGGACUGUACUGCUUUACUCCAUUGCGGUUCCCAGAUUGGAGAUCACUUCCUGUAAGUGCUGCAAUGCAUAAAUUGAGGAUUGUCUCUCAAUACCUGCAAUCACCUCUUGAUUUGCACUAGCAGAUAUCUGAAUCCCCCUGGGACUCCUGAUAGGCCAGAGUAUGGGUAUGGCAGCCUUGAGUGCCAUGCAUCUGUGCCAUAGGUUGCUGACCCCUGUCCUAGACUCUUGCUCAUACUUGUUGAUAAGCCUACAGAAUCUCUGAAAUACCUCAAACAUAAACUCGCAUUCACUGUCCUUGCUGCCCAAAGUGCAUUGGUCGACUAUUAGCCCUACAUUUUCUAAAAUUAAUUCUAUGCAAAUAUUUGGUUGCCUUAUUCAUCAUAUACCUCCUUAUUUCCAUAAAGUUUGGAUGCCUUAGAUUAGACAUAAUAAAUCCAGCAAUAUGUGGUCCUUACCUUUUUUUGUGGAUGUUGUUCCAUUCAUCUUUCCAUUUUAUUUACUUUUUUUCACCUCUUCCUUCAUUCUUAUAUUUCCAGUGCCCAUUUGUACAUAUAACUGUAUUUUGAACUAAACACUGAUAAUGUACAUCUGUGUGCCUUUUUGUACGUGACUCUAAUUGCAUUUUGUUACGGUUUAUAUAAUGUAAAUAAGCAAUGUUGUAAUUGGUAUACUGUUCUUUGUUAAUGUCCUUAUGUAGUUUGCAUUUCCUCAUGUAAAUAAAGAUUGUUUAUUAUUUGGUGGGCUUCAAGUCAAGCAUUUGUUCAAACCAGUUAUGCACUACCACACCUCCACAAACGGUUUGUGUAUGGAUCAUCAUUUACACAUCGGAUGUGGAUUGUCAAUGCUUUGAUUUAAAUGGGGAAAGUGCCUCCUCCAAGGUGGAGUCACAAAGUUGGAAGCAAAUCAUUUUCUGAACUGUUAUUAAUUACUGUAGCCUUAAAGGACCACUAUAGUGUCAGGAAAACAAACUUGUUUACCUGGCAAUAUAGGGUCUUUAGGUCCCCCCCACCCUCAGGGUCCCACUCCUGCUGGGCUGAAGGGGUUAAACACUUACCUUUCUCCAGUGCUGGGCCCCCUUUGCUGGGGAACUCUCCUCCAUCUGCCGACAUCAGUGCCGAAUGCGCGCAUUCAAACAGUCCAUAGGAAAGCAUUUCUCAAUGCUUUCCUAUGGACGUCCAGUGUCUUCUCACUGUGAUUUUCACAGUGAGAAGUGCGGAAGCGCCUCUAGCGGCUGUCAAUGAGACAGCCACUAGAGGCUGUAUUAACCCUAGUGUAAACAUAGCAGUUUCUCUGAAACUGCUAUGUUUACAGCUGCAGGGUUAACACUAGAUGGACCUGGCACCCAGACCACUUAAUUGAGCUGAAGUGGUUUGGGUGCCUAUAGUGGUCCUUUAAAAUUUUAUUUUGACUUGAAAUAAAAAGUGAAAGUCUGAACCUUGAAAAUAGCCGUAAACCAUUUUAUCAGCUAUAUCCGUUAUAGUGUCAGCUUUAAACCACUCCGGCUGACUCUUCCCACUGUGCAUGGUGAUCUCAGGCUUACAUGAAGCUGCUCAGCAGUGCGAAAUCAUUUUAUGAAAGUAAUUAUGAACAGUUCCCGCAUUAACUUGCUCUCACGUAAUUGCAAACUAAGGCACUACAUGCUCAAGCACUCAGUGGUCUAUUAUAGUUAACGUGGCCUGUUCCAUCAGAGGACUAGCUGAUUCCAUUUUGCAAUAGCAACACUUACCCUUCAAUUGGACAGCUCCAGCAAAAUAAACAUUAUUAUUAUUUGUAUAGCGCUGUACAAUGGGAUGUGACCAAUUGUUCGUUAGGGUGGCAUCCUCUGAUGGUGACACAUUUAAAAAUUAUCAUCCAUCACCAGUCAUUUCAUUCUUAUACCAAUAAUGUGUAAUAGCACCCAUUUAAAAUGUCUUUACCCACUCCUCGCCAUUUGUCAGUUUUCCACGUAUGUACAUGCAGGGCUAGACUAAUUCUUUAGACAGGUAGCCACCAUUCUCUGUAACAUUAUUCUUUUAGGCCUGUAUACCUUUAUAUGUAAAAAUAAAUCUUAAAUCUGUGUUUUUUCAAGAUUUGAAUGAUCGUUCAUUUUUACCCCUGAUGUUUACCUUUUUGUAGGUGUCGUCAUGCAGUUAUUGCACGAUAUUUUGGGGAUGAGAAACCACUUUGUAAAAAGGCUUGCGACUGCUGUAAAAACCCACUGGCAGUGAAACGCCAGUUAGAACAAUUAGAGGGUCUCCUCCUAAGUGGGAGAAGCCGAACCUGUAUUCAGCAGCCAGCAGGACCAUCUGGAUUAUUCACAUACGACAAAGAGCUCUACGAGGGGGGUAAAAAGAGCUACGGGUUUGCCAGGUGAGUGAAAUUCAAAGUAUAUGUUGUACAUACAACAUGUGUGACAGUCUUAAAGACUUACAGUGGUGAGGGUUUCUGUUUUCCUACACAAAGCUCGGAAAGUAUUCAAAUACUGCGAUCUUCAUUGGUUAGUCAUUUGGGAGCCAGGAGGCUAAGUUAGAAAUAUCUUUUCCCUUUCACAGGAAGCCAGGAUAUAUAAUGGACAUUACGUACCACACGUCUGAUGUUUUGUUGACAAUUCACAAUUAAAUAGUGUGCCAGUUUCUUUACCUACUACAUAUUUUUGUAGAGAAGAGCUUCCAAGUUCUAGGCAGGUCUACUGACAUCUUUGAUCUGUUUUGUAUUGUAAUUACCCAGUAUCAACUCAACUACAGGAAAUAUAUAUUUUCAAGGUACAUCUGUACCUGCUUUCUAUCCACCACAUGAUUAUAUUGAUGAUGUCCCUAAUAUACAUUGCACGUAACAUAGGACACAGAUUUUUCUUUUAUUCGUUUUAUGAUCCUACGCUCUUACUUACUGACAAUUUGCCAUGCAUUCCGUGUAUAGCUUAGUCAUCUCUCUAAUGUCCCAUCACUGUCUCUAGCUGUGAUGAUAGUCAAGAAGGGGGCUCUGAGGAAAAUCUGGAUGAUCGAAAACGGCAAUGGAACAGCUUUUACCAGAAGCAGAUGAACAUGCGUAAGGUGACGUUGAUAACUCUUUAUUGUUAAAUUUGCUGGACGAAUGGCAAAAUCUUUGGAAAAUCAUUUUAUCUUAUUAUCUAAUUAUCUGACAGGGCAAACAGCUGGAAGAAUUCAUUGAUCCCGGUAAGAGUAAAUGUCUUACUUUUGUUUGUGGUUUCGGGGUUUGUUUUGUUAAUGCCCUAGAAUAGAUAGGCUGAUGUUGAUCAUAAACAUUGUUUUGCAGACUGUCUAUUACAGUUUUCAGUAAAGGGACAAAAUUCAUAUUCCUUCCAGUUGUAGUGAAUACCAUAAAUUCUUUAAAAAUAAGAUGUAUAACACAGCUGAUAGCACAGCGUAUUAUACUACACUACAUAAUUUUACCUGUUUUAUUUUAUGAAUAACAAUACAUUUAUGCUGAUGUUCUUUGCUUUAUUUCUGAUAUUGAAGUGAACCUGGGCAUUCCUUAGUGUGGUGUAGUGUUUAUGGUGUUUGGAGUGUUCCAUUAUAUUAUUUGGUAAAAAGAUAAUUCACCUGCUAACCUAUUUAAAGCUCACCCACUUCAAUGCAAACUUUGCAAGCCUUUAUAUGUUAAAAAACAUCUACAAUGUAUGUACAGUGGCACUGGUGAAUGCAGAAAUUGAGUAUCCUUCACGGGUCUAAGCCCGGAGGUGCUGUCGUGUCCCCCCCCCCCACCACCAUUUCUUUCUAAGUGGUCCGCAACACCAACCAUUUUCGAUACUUCCCUUCUGAUGUUCGUUACAUGUUUUUUUGUGAUCUAAGUGAUGCGUUACAUUUGUUAGUAUUUUAUACUUGCACUACAAUGUUGACAUGCUACUCCUUAAAUGAUAUACUUUCUGUGUAUUUCUCUCAAUAUAUUCAAUAAAAAAGUGUUUGACAAAAAAACUAAUCUGCGAUGAAGUAUAAAGGAAGACUGUGGUGAAGACAGUUUUUACCUUCUAAAAGAUGCAGAUAUGCUAUUAAAAUGUAUAAACUUUGUUAAAGUGACACUGCAUAUGUACUUCUUCCACAUGUAUUUCUUGUAAUAUUGUAUCCUAUUGUAACAAUGCAAUGUUUUGUGGACCCAGGACAUACUUGAAAAUGAGAGAAAUCUCAAUGUAUCCAUCCCGGUAAAAUAUUUUAUAAAUAAAUGUAUGAGGGAAAGGACAGCCAAAGCGAUCCCACAGGUUGCCCAGAUAUAAUAGGGACAAGUAGGGCAUUGUCUGGGACCUUAGGAAUGCCUUGUUAAAGGACCACUAUAGUGCCAGGAAAACAUACUCGUUUUCCUGGCACUAUAGUGCCCUGAGGGUGCCCCCACCCUCAGGGACCCCCUCCCGCCCGGCUCUGGAAGGGGGAAAGGGUUAAAAACUUACCUUUUUCCAGCGCUGGGCGGAGAGCUCUUCUCCUUCUCUCCUCCUCCGUUCCUCCUCCUGGGCUGAAUGCGCACGCGCGGCAAGAGCUGCGCGCGCAUUCAGCCCGUCGCAUAGGAAAGCAUUUACAAUGCUUUCCUAUGGACGCUUGCGUGCUCUCACUGUGAAAAUCACAGUGAGAAACACGCAAGCGCCUCUAGUGGCUGUCAAUGAGACAGCCACUAGAGGAAAUAGGGGAAGGCUUAACCCAUUCAUAAACAUAGCAGUUUCUCUGAAACUGCUAUGUUUAUGAAAAAAUGGGUUAACCCUAGAAGGACCUGGCACCCAGACCACUUCAUUAAGCUGAAGUGGUCUGGGUGCCUAGAGUGGUCCUUUAAACAAGGGAUAUCACUUGUAUAUUGACAAAUGACUGUGCCCGUGGCACUAUAAGAUAAUCAUGCACAGGUUUCCCAAAGGGAAACAAACAAGGCUAAAAAAACAACUUAAAACCACUAUACAUACUAUGGGUAUGAUGCUUUGAAAUAAACUUAAACCUUAAAAAAAAACAAAAAAAAAAACUCAUCUACUGUUCUCAACUAUCCAAGCUAUAAUAAUAAAUAACCUGCGAUUAGCAAUGGUCCUAUGUAACCGAUACUGUUUGUAUGACUGACUCGUAUGUGAUAGCUGUGCUGUUAACCACUCCUCCUGUAAACAUCUGUUUACAUUAAAGGGACACUAUAGUCACCUGAACAACUACAGCUUAAGAGAAAAUACAGUGUUUACAUUGAUUGAUAGGAAUACCUCCAGUGGCUGUCACUCACACUGCCACCAGAGGGACUUCCUAUCAUGUAGGGCCCUAAAAAGGCCUUGUACACGUCAGACGUAUUAAAAUACGUCUGGCGUGUGCAGGAGAGAGAAGGCACUCGAGGGCGCAGCUUCACGAGGCUCCUGGCGUUGGGACCAGGUAAGUAAAAUCCUCUGCCUGGAGAGUCCCUUUAACUCCUCUUUGCUGCAGGUGCCUUCAAUCCUUGCAAGCAUUAGGUUGUUCCAGCAAUCAUAGAGGUUUACAACUAUCUGGUUCUUAACAUUAUGUUUAAUAUGUUUAAAUUAACCUUUAAAAUAAUUUCCCAAACACCACUUCCUGAUUUCCCCUAACAUUCAACAGACAAUCAGCAGUUCCUGAUCCUGAUCAACAAGUCAGCUAAGCCCUGCACUGCUGGGCUUAGCUCGGACAGAGAGCUUUCAGUUUUCUGUUGGUUGUAGUGGUGGCGGGGAACUGUGACCAGGGGAUCCUAGGUGGGAAAUAAAAUUAUUCUAAAAUGAUUUUACUACUUACAGUAGGUUAAAGCCUGGGCACUCCUAAACAUUACAAGGCACUGUGUGUUUAAAGUGUUCCUUUAAAUAUGUAGUGAAUGAACUCUGGAGUUGUUUUGCAAGAAUACAAGAGAAGGAAAAUAAUUUAUUUUUAAUUAAUUUAUUUAUAAUGAAUUUAAAAAAACCUUAAUGAACAGGUUUAUUCACUAAACUCUGAAUUGUAGCACACUAAAAUCUGAUGGUAAAAUGUGUACAAAUAUAACUCUAAUCAUAUAUACUUGGCUGCUUUUGGCUGAAUUUGGUUGUUCACAUGAUUAUUCACUAAAGACUCAAUGGCCCCGUACAAAUUGGGCCAAAAUGGUAUACGGGCUAUUCGAAAUGCAAAAUAACGACAUUUUGCAGUUCUCGCUCCCGAAUGAGCCAGUAUUUUUUGCCUGGAUUUCAGGUGUAUUGAAUGCUGCCGGACAGCUGAAAUACAUAAAAUCCAGACCCAGAUUUUAAAUGUCUGAACUAUUUGCCCAUUAGCAGUAUUGGUAUCACGUGGGCAUAUAGUUGGGGAAAAAAAAACUUUGGCAGUGCAAGGAUUAAGUUCUGUGACAGCUGGCAAGUGCAUGCCGCCACAAAAAAAUAAUAAUUGGACAUGCCAUUGUCCACACUUACUUGUUGCCUUUGGGUUAGGAAGUAUAAAUACUACUUAUUGCCCCUAAUCAUUGCUCCCCACCCCCUGUGAAGAAAUCCCUACAUUCCCAUUUAAUCCUAAUAUUAGUGAGCGGAGGAAAUGCAUCUGUACCCCCAAAAAAAGAUACCCAAUAUUUAUUUCUUCUAAAUGAUUGGUUUUUAGCCCCCAAAAGAUUAGCAAAUAAAAACCAUAAUACACAAUGUAGCUAUGAAAAAGAAAAAAAAGAUAGCUAGAUCUAGAGAAGAUCUAUUGCCACCUUUAAGACUGUGCCGUACCAUUAGGUAUUUAUUUUUUCAAGUUUUAUUGUGGACUCUUUUUAUAUCCUGUGUUUUUUUUUAUACUUUUAUUAUUAUAUAGUACUGUGUUUGGAGUAUUUUUCUUGGCGCUACCUGUAUAUUGUUGUUUAAAAAUAAAAAAAAAAGAUAAAUACCUAAAUCGCAAAGUACCCGACAAAACUUUUUUUUAAAAACCAGCACAAUAAAACUAAUUCCUCAUAACCAAUGGAGGGUGUGACAAACUUCCCUUUUCCUGUGAGUUUGCCACGAGUUUUUGGAGGGGCUUGGUUGCCAGCCUCUUGCCCCAGGACUAUGGUCCAUGUAUUAGACUGGGAUACAGACUGGAAAAAGGGCUUUUGUUUGUGUCUUUUUCUCCAGUUCAGUCUAUGGGACUACCGAAUGGAUAGUGCCUAUGGUGUUCGUUUAUACGAACAAACUUUCGAACAGCUGGACCACACACAAGUGGAGUGUGCCCCUCAUUUACCUACCAGGCUGGGAGUUAACCGCAGCCAAAUUGACGAACGGCUGGAUGGCCACCGUUCGUAUAGUCGAACAUCUUGUUUAGUCGAACGUGUUCAGCUGUGUUUGGUUGUCGAGUUCAUGGAACUCAAAUCAGACACGCGACGGCACGAACACUGCUGAACUUUAUCUUCUCCGGGACUUCAACGGGAGUCGAACAGUGUUCGACAAUUCGAACGCCACUGUUAACCUUGGCUAUUUGCAAGAACGGUCCCAUUCGUGUAUUCGAACGGAACUUAGACAUUGAAAAUAGACUGACCCUGAUAGCUAAAAGCCAUCGGCCUAAUUAUGGACAGAUUUCUGCCGAAUGGAGUGGAUAGGGCAUCUUGAGUUCAUGGUCCAGAGAGAGAUGACGCUGGACGACUCGUACCGGGCGCUAUGGUGGUACGCAGUCCAGAGAGACUCUUGGGUGUCAGGAAGUGUUCAGCCGGAGGGGAAGGGCUACGAUGGCCCCGGCCUGUUGUAAAAGGCCAUGGAGGAUGACGAUGACUUUGGUAGCCUAAAGAAAUCACGGUUUUGGGUAUUUAUUGUUACCGGGAAAAGAUGCUACCAUGCCCAGAAGCUAUUGAGCUGGGGCGAGACCUCUCCCACCUAGUUACUCUAGAGUGGGAACUGGAGCAGGACUACCACUACUUCCUCAGCUCAAUUUGGUCCUAAUCUACCGAGACAGUCAGUCUGACUCUUGUCCCUGCAGCAACCAACAUCACUCGGAGUGGAGAUGGUCGCUCCCACCACCCAGCACCAGGCAGCGUUCCUGGGAGUCAAGACAGUCGGUCUCUCUCCCCAGCGGCAAAGUGAGCAGCAAAACAGUUCAACACUAGGCAGCGUUACCAGGAGUCGAGAUGGCCGGUCUGACUCCCCAGCAGCAGAAUGGGUUAUUGGGAGAAGAGAUAGUCUGUCUCUCUCCCCAGCAGCAGAGUAAAUUGCAGGGAGAGGAGGCAACCAGCCUCUCUCCCCAGCGGGAGUGUAUCCUACAGGGAGUGGAGACAGCCGGUCUUCCUCCCCAGCGGCAGCUUACCCUACAGGGAGAGGAGACAACCAGUCCCUCUCCCUAGCUACAGAGGGGAGGCACUCCUGUCCCCAGUGGUGCAGAUGGGACCGUGGUCUCUGCUCCAGACCUAUCGGGAUGCUUGACGGCCGGUCCAGAUCCCCAACCCACACCGCAGGAGUGCCAGGACGAGGAGGCAGACGAUACCUCCUCUCCACAACAGCUCCCUUGUCCAGGGCUUGAAUCCCCACCGGCCAACCCAGCAGAAGCGCUGACAUCAGGGCAGAACGCCACUGGCCUCUGCCCACUAGUUACCCACAGCGCCAUGCCUGGGAGCCCGGAAGAGAUUGGGGGUGACAGACACCCAUUCAACAACCUGAGACAUACCAGACAGGGACCGACUAAAAGAGUCAUUAAGGCCAGUUAUUGUUUGUUGUGGGUGGGCUAUUCGAUUAACUCAGGCACCGACCGACAAGAGGUCAGGUACCUGGUUACUCUCCCCCUGGGAGGAAAGAUGUAUGAUAAACUCCCCUUUUCCUGUGAGUUUACCACAAGUUUCUAGAGGGGCUUGGGUGCCAGCCUCUUGCCCCAGCACUAUGUCCCAUGUAUUAGACUGGGAUACAGACUGGAGAAAGGGCUUUUGUUCGUGUCUUUUUUUUCCCCCAGUUCAGUCUAUGGGACUACCGAAUGGAUUGUGCCUAUGGUGUUUGUUUAUACGAACAAACUACCGAACAGCCGGACCACACACAAGUGGAGUGUGCCGCUCAUUUACCUCCCAGGCUGGUAGUUAACCGCAGCAAAAUUGACGAAUGACUGGGUGGCCGCUGUUCGUAUAGUCAAACACGUUCUGCGGUGUUUGGUCGUCGAGUUCAUAGAACUCAAAUCUGAAACGCUACAGCAUGAACACCGCUGAACUUUACCCUCUCCGGGACUUCGACGGUUGUCGAACGACGUUUGAUAAAUCGCACGCCAAUGUUAACCUUGGCUAUUUGCACGAAUGGCCCCAUUCGUGCAUUCGAACGGAACUUAGACAUUUAAAAUAGACCGACCCUGAUAGCUAAAAGGCAUGGAUACCUAAUUAUGGACAGAUUUCUGCAGAACGGUCGGUGGAAAGACUUUAACCCCAUCUAUGUUCGUGGGAUCUGAGCGCUGUUCGGAUAAAUGUGGGGGUUCAGUUCUGUGGAAUAUAAGUUAUGUAUUUUAAUGUGUUUUGUUGCAGUAGAAACUUAGAGAUAUUUUCUGUACCUGGAGAUAAUUAAGUUUAUUUCAGCAAUUUAAGCCAAUUAUCUCCAGAAUAGAGGGGAGAGAUUUUACUGUUUCUGUGGGAGUGUUUUACAUAGGUCUUAUUAUUUGAUUGGUUACUGUAAGUUGUGUUUCAGUCCUCCACAAGGUACCGGUGGUAGUAUCCCUUCCUGCAGGACCUGCAUAAAAGGCUAAGCUGUGGCCACCAUUAAACAGAUCAUCUUGCACCUUCAUGAAGUUUCGGCUCAUGUUUGGGGGAUUGGAGAACUACACUCUGGGGAUUGCUAUAAUCUCUAUACUCCCCAGGGUAUAAUCACUAAGUUUUGGUAAGAGCUUGUUCCUGUUCCUGCUCUCUGGAUUAAGAGAGGUCUACCUACUGAAAGCUGGAUCCUGGUCUUGGAUCCAAGUGGGUGGAAGACGGCGAGACCCCAACCAAGCUGCGGCGGUUCGUGGGGUCAGCUGUGGUUAUGGUGUUUGGUGGAGUGCUUGGAGCCCUCGGGAAGCACUAAGAGCAUCUGCCAGCAGAAGGUACCCAGUCAGGGUGCCAGCAGUUACGUUACAGAGGGUUAUAAGCUGACUGGAAAUUCAAGGCAGGGAAGGUUUUUAUAAAGCCCUCCCGAUACUUUGAAUUGUUAAUUAAUCAAAGCACUUUUUGGCUUGGAAGUUUAAGCAUUCACUCUUUGGCUUGGAGGUGUAAACAUUGACAUUGAUUUUAGUUUUUUUUAAAUUAAACUACUAGAGGUAUUUAGAUGUUUAUUUUUAAUCAUCAAGCAUUCCUCUGAGAUGUAUUCAUAAAUAUAUUUUUCAAUAAAUAGUUUUUCAUUAACUUUUUAUUCUUUUCUAUUUUAACUUUUUUUAUUCAGAUUUUUUUGCUUAUUUUUAGAUUUGUUUUUUCUUAUUGUAUUUUUUGUAUAUUGUAUAUUCUUUUCUUUUUUUAUGUAUAUAUUUUUCAAUAUGUGAUUAUUUUUUUAAAUUUACUUUUUUUUCUGAUUUUCUUUUCUUUUUCUUUUCAUGUAUUUUUAUUCUUAUAUUUUGUUUAUUUUUUUAUUUUUAUAUUUUGUUCAUGUUUAAUUAGUUUUAAUCUUUUUUAUUUUAUGUAUAUAUUUUUCAAUAAGUGAUUUUUUUAAUUUACUUUUUCUUUUCUAAUUUUUAUUUUUUGCUGUUUUCAUGUAUUUUCUUCUAUUUCUUUUAUUAUUUUUAUUUAUUUGAUUUCUUUUCAUGUAUUUUUAUUCUUAUAUUUUGUUUAUUUUUUUAUUUUUAUAUUUUGUUCAUGUUUAAUUAGUUUUAAUCUUUUUUAUUUUAUGUAUAUAUUUUUCAAUAAGUGAUUUUUUUAAAUUUACUUUUUCUUUUCUGAUUUUUAUUUUUUGCUGUUUUCAUGUAUUUUCUUCUAUUUCUUUUAUUUUUAUUUAUUUGAAAAAAAAGUAUCAAAUUUUUUUCAGUAUUUUUUUAUUUCCUUAAACAUUUUCUACUCACAUUUUUAAUUUCUUUUCACUUCUAUUUAUAUUUUAUUUCAUUUUUUUUUGGCUUUUUUAUAUUUCAUUUUUUUUCAGUAAGCGAUCUUUUUUGAAUAUUAUUUUUUUUUGUUUGUUUUGUUUAUUUUUUUUUAAUACAAAUUAUAAUGAACUUUUGCAACAGAUUUUGGUGCUAUAUUUGUGAAUACAUACUUCCAGAGGAAUGGCUAGCUAUUUUAGUGUCAAUUAUGUAUGGCAAUUUCAUUUUAAGUCUUUAAAAUUUAUUUUUAAGGGUUUAUAUCUUUAAGAGCUUCUUUCUCUUUGAAAGUUUUUACACUUAUUUAAAAAGAUUUUUAAACUAUUAAUGAUCAUUUGACUGUGAGGGGUUACAUACAUAAAAAGCAUCUGGACAAAAUUUGGGGUUUAGUGAAUAACCCUGUCAGAUUUAAUUUGCUACAAUUCAAACUUUAGUGAAUUAAUGAUCCAGAGGAAGGCGAAAAAACUUGAACAUACUAAAAGCAAUAUGGCCAAGUAAAAAAUUCCUUCCUGACCCCAUAUUAAGGCGAUCGGCUAGAAGUGUGUCCCUGGAUCUCUAUUAAAUUUAUUUCAUAUGAAUGUUACUCAUUUACCAUCACCCAAUUCUUUUAUACAUUACCAUCCUCUUCAAACACUGUUCAGGUCCAUUUGUCAGUAAUAUUGCUUAACAGACGUCAUGCUAGGAAUUCAGACAAAGAGUGAAAUAUUAGCAUUAUCCAAUAUUAUCUUCAAGGUCUCAGGUUAAUCUGAUAAUAAAUAUAAAUCCGUCGAGUACCUGUAUGCAAUGUAGUCCUCUCUAGACACUGACUGGCUUCAGAGUGUGCAAACACUUGUCAUAUACACACAACUCAUAGCUUACUAUGAUGUAAGAUGCAUAAUGACAUCACUGUUUAGUUGCAACCUUAUAAGGUAAAUGGAUGCAUCCAAUGGCCUGGGCUUUUUAUCCUUUAAUGGAUAUUCAUUGAUACAGUUUGUACAUAAAAAAAUAAGACCAUUCUGGCAUAGCAUUAUUAUAAAAGCAGGAAAAAUGAUUUGUAUACUGUUUUUUAAUUUCAUGAUUUUUAAACAUUUUUAUUUUACAGUGACAAGUUUAAAUAACACUUUUUUGUUGUUGUUGAUGUUUUUGGAAUAGGAUCACUGCUAUAAGUGUUAGGACAGGCAGCUUUUUACUAUCCAAAUAUAAGCCAAAGAUAAUCAUCCAUAAUUCAAAAUGUCUACCUACUGUGGGACUUCUAUAGAAUAUAAACAUAUAGUUAUUUUGAGGCGCUAAGUAAAUCAGUCCUUAACACAUUUUCUAAGCCAGUCCAUUUAAUUCACAAGACUUUCAGCUGAUGUCAUGUCAAACAGUAUAUAUUAAAUACAUAUACCUAUUAAAAUCGCUAUUAAAUACCAUGUAAGCAAUAUCCCCAAAUCUCGUAUCUUCCUUAGGUGUCUUUGCUAUUGCCCCAUGUCCCCCAUAAACUUCUGUUAUGCUCUGCACGUCCCUCAUCACUCUCUGCCAUCCACCCCAUAAUCCCCAUCACUCUCUCCUACAUUCUCCCCAUAUACCCAUCACUCUCUGCCAUCCUCCCCAUAAUCCCCAUCACUCUCUCCUACAUCCUCCCCAUAUACCCAUCACUCUCUGCCAUCCUCCCCAUAAUCCCCAUCACUCUCUCCUACAUCCUCCCCAUAUACCCAUCACUCUCUGCCAUCCUCCCCAUAAUCCCCCAUCACUCUCUGCCAUCCUCCCCAUAAUCCCCAUCACUCUCUGCCAUUCUCCCCAUGUCCCCAUCACUCUCUGCCAUCCUCCCCAUAAUCUGCCAUUCUCCCCAUAUCUCCAAUCUCCAUCGCUCUCUGCCAUUCUCCCCAUAAUCCCCAUCACUCUAUGCCAUUCUCCCCAUAAUCCCCAUCACUCUAUGCCAUCCUCCCCAUAAUCCCCAUCACUCUCUGCCAUCCUCCCAUAAUCCCUAUUACUCUCUGCCAGCCAUCCCUCCCCAUCUUCCAUCACUUCGCCAUCCUCCCCAUAAUCCCCAUCACUCUCUGCCAUCCAACCCAUAUCCCCAUCACUCUCUGCCAUCCACCACAUAAUCCCCAUCACUCUCUGCCAUCCACCACAUAAUCCCCAUCACUCUCUGCCAUCCUCCCCAUAUCCCCAUCACUCUCUGCCAUCCUCCCCAUAAUCCCCAUCACUCUCUGCCAUCCAACCCAUAUCCCCAUCACUCUCUGCCAUCCACCACAUAAUCCCCAUCACUCUCUGCCAUUCUCCCCAUAUCUCCAUCACUCUCUGCCAUUCUCCCCAUAUCCCCAUCACUCUUUGCCAUCAACCCCAUAAUCUCCAUUACUCUCUGCCAUCCUCCCCAUAAUCCACAUAACUCUCUGCUAUCCUUCCCAUAUCCCAUCACUCUCUGCCAUCCUCCCCAUAUCCCCAUCACUUUCUGCCAUCCUCCCCAUAUCCCCAUCACUUUCUGCCAUCCUCCCCAUAAUCCCCAUUACUCUCUGCCAUCCUCCCCAUAUCUCCAUCACUCUCUGCCAUCCUCCCCAUAAUCCCCAUCACUUUCUGCCAUCCAACCCAUAUCCCCAUCACUCUCUGCCAUCCACCACAUAAUCUCCAUCCUCUCUGCCAUCCUCCCCAUCUCCAUCACUCUCUGCCAUCCUCCCCAUAUCUCCACAUCACUCUCUGCCAAAUCCUCCUCCCAUCACUCUGCCAUCACUCCCCAUAAUCCCCAUCACUUUCUCUGCCAUCAACCCCGCCAUCAUCCUCUCUGCCAUCCUCCCCAUAAUCCCCAUCACUCUCUGCUGCAUCCAACCUUAUCCCCAUCACUCUCUGCCAUCACACAUAAUCCCCAUCACUCAUCACCAUCCCCUCCCCAUAAUCCCAUCACUCUGCCAUCAGCCAUAAUCCCAUCACUCCUCCUUCAUCCACCACAUAAUCCCCAUCACUCUCUGCCAUUGCCUAUCCCCCACUAUCUCCAAUCCUCCUAUAUAUACCAUUCUCCCCAUAAUCCCCAUCACUCUAUGCCAUUCUCCCCAUAAUCCCCAUCACUCUAUGCCAUCCUCCCCAUAAUCCCCAUCACUCUAUGCCAUCCUCCCCAUAAGCCCCAUCACUCUCUGCCAUCCUCCCCAUAAUCCCCAUUACUCUCUGCCAUCCUCCCCAUAUCUCCAUCACUCUCUGCCCUCCUCCCCAUAUCCCCAUCACUCUCUGCCAUCCACCAUAAAUCCAUCACUCUCUGCCAUCCACCACAUAAUCCCCAUCACUCUCUGCCAUCCACCACAUAAUCCCCAUCACUCUCUGCCAUCCUCCCCAUAUCUCCAUCACUCUCUGCCAUCCUCCCCAUAAUCCCCAUCACUCUCUGCCAUCCAACCCAUAUCCCCAUCACUCUCUGCCAUCCACCACAUAAUCCCCAUCACUCUCUGCCAUCCACCACAUAAUCCCCAUCACUCUCUGCCAUCCUCCCCAUAUCCCCAUCACUCUCUGCCAUCCUCCCCAUAAUCCCCAUCACUCUCUGCCAUCCAACCCAUAUCCCCAUCACUCUCUGCCAUCCACCACAUAAUCCCCAUCACUCUCUGCCAUUCUCCCCAUAUCUCCAUCACUCUCUGCCAUUCUCCCCAUAUCCCCAUCACUCUCUGCCAUCCUCCCCAUAAUCCCCAUCACUCUAUGCCAUCCUCCCCAUAAUCCCCAUCACUCUCUGCCAUUCUCCCCAUAUCCCCAUCACUCUCUGCCAUUCUCCCCAUAUCCCCAUCACUCUUUGCCAUCAACCCCAUAAUCCCCAUUACUCUCUGCCAUCCUCCCCAUAAUCCCCAUUACUCUCUGCCAUCCUCCCCAUAUCCCCUCACUCUCUGCCAUCCUCCCCCACGCUUGUAUCUCCAUCACUCUCUGCCAUCCUCCCCAUAUCUCCAUCACUCUCUGCCAUCCUCCCCAUAAUCCCCAUCACUCUCUGCCAUUCUCCCCAUAUCCCCAUACCUCUCUCCCAUUCUCCCCAUAUCCCCAUCACUUUCUGCCAUCCUCCCCAUAAACCCCAUUACUCUCUGCCAUCCUCCCCAUAAUCCCCAUCACUCUCUGCCAUCCUCCCAUAAUUCCCAUCACUCUCUGCCAUCCUCCCCAUAUCUCAUCACUCUCUGCCAUCCUCCCCAUAUCCCAUCACUCUCUGCCAUCCUCCCCAUAUCCCCAUCACUCUCUGCCAUCCACCACAUAAUCCCCAUCACUCUCUGCCAUCCUCCACAUAUCCCCAUCACUCUCUGCCAUCCUCCCCAUAUCCCCAUCACCCUCUGCCAUUCUCCCCAUAUCCCCAUCACUCUCUGCCAUUCUCCCCAUAUCCCCAUCACCCUCUGCCAUCCUCCACAUAUCCCCAUCACUCUCUGCCAUCCUCCCCAUAUCCCAUCACUCUCUGCCAUCCUCCCCAUAUCUCCAUCACUCUCUGCCAUCCUCACCAUAAUCCCCAUCACUCUCUGCCAUUCUCUCCAUAUCCCCAUCACUCUCUGCCAUCCUCCCCAUAAUCCCCAUUUCUCUCUGCCAUCCUCCACAUAAUCCCCAUUACUCUCUGCCAUCCUCCCCAUAUCCCAUCACUCUCUGCCAUCCUCCCCAUAUCUCCAUCACUCUCUGCCAUCCUCACCAUAAUCCCCAUCACUCUCUGCCAUUCUCCCCAUAUGCCCAUCACUCUCUGCCAUUCUCCCCAUAUACCCAUCACUCUCUGCCAUUCUCCCCAUAUACCCAUCACUCUCUGCCAUUCUCCCCAUUUCUACAAUCAGCGCGCUGGUGGCAGAUAUUGUCUCUCCCUUGUAGGCCUGCAAAGACAGCCUAGCUCUCCACUCCCUGUCUCCCUCCACAAGCUGCAUCCCUCCAUUACCUGUUCUUUGCCUUGUUUUAAAAACAGAAAUGUGCAAUAUUUACCCUUGUGGCUAAAAGGGGAAAAUUAAAUAAAAAUUACCCCUUUUAAAGGUAGUGCGAAGACUCCUCUAUGUCUUCUUAAGUAUAGACUAAAAUAUAUAAAACAAAGAGAGACCACAAUAGUGUGGAUAAAAUAAAUCACCAUAAAAACUAAAAUACACUCACAAACAUAUGAAUAAAAUAGACGGAGUGUGUAAAUCUCAUUCAGGUACUUCUUUUCUUCUUUUUUCCUCACUUUAAAGCUUUAGGGUAAAGUAGAAAAGCAAGACAUAGUGUAUAACUGUAUAUAUAAAUAGGAUAACUUUAUUUGAUCGCACUCACAAGAAUAAGGUAGUAAAAAAGCCCAUUAAAUCGUAAGAUGUCUUCAGUAUCCAGAAGAAAGUAAAUAUACAAUCAUGUUAAUUGCCAUACGCCCCUGACGAAGUCUUUUGGACGAAACGCGUAGGGUGGCAGGAUUCCUUUGCUUUUACUGUUUUAUUGCUGAUUUUAUUUUCGUUUGUUUCUUAUCCUGAUUGUAUAUUUACUUUCUUCUGGAUACUGAAGACAUCUUACUAUUUGAUGGGCUUUUUUACUACCUUAAUCUUGUGAGUGCAAUCAAAUAAAGUUAUCCUAUUUAUAUAUACAGUUAUACACUAUGUCUUGCUUUUCUACUUUACCCUAAAGCUUUAAAGUGGGGAAAAAAAGAAUAAAAGAAGUACCUGAAUGAGAUUUAUACACUCCGUCUAUUUUACUCAUAUGUUUGUGAGUGUAUCUUAGUUUUUAGUUUUUAUGGUUUUUUAUUUUAUCCACACUAUUGUGGUCUCUCUUUGUUUUAUAUAUUUAUCUUUACCUUGUUGUUGUUGUUGUUUUUUUGUUUUUGUUUUUUUAAAUCCCUCACUGGCUCACAGCAUUUGCAUGUGCUCUGAGCUGGGCAAACCCUUUAAUCAAAUGCUUCUCUAUGAGAAGCAUUCGAUUAAACCAUGAGAGAGCAGUGCUGACAACAGAGGAGCCAUGAAAAGCAACAUGGGGAGCUUUCCCAGUGCUGGAUUCCAGGUAAGUUUAGAUCUUCUUUUAACAGGUUUUAGGCCACACAUGGAGGUGUAAUUACUUGAUGGGGUUAUAGAAGUUUAGAAAAGCUAGGUUGGAAAAAGGCUUACAGUAACCUUUUAAGGAUCAUAGUUAAACCUACUCGGCAUGAAUCAUGUCAAUGGAAAACAUUUACCUCUCCUUUUACUAAUACAAACCAUACAGGUUCUAAACCGUCGAGAUCAUAGAGGCAAAUAAACACAGAGAACAUAUGACUCCGUUAGAACUUUUAUUUAAAUAUAUUUGAAAUGAUAGGGAACCUUUUGAGCUGUAUAAAGCUGUUCAGUAAAAAGGACACUCUUUGAAAUAUCCCAUUUUUCUUUCCACCUGCCCUUUUCUCUAUGGAAAAAUAACCACUUUUAUUUUAUAUGCAGUAUAUGGAUAGUGUUUUAAGAAAAGUAAAACAAACUGUGCAAAUAACUAAUAACUACGCAGAUCAACAUCAAAGCUCUUGCUGCUUCUGCCUGUACACUGCUGGCAAAAACAGAAGGCAGACCCAUUUCAGUCCAGGAGAUGGACGACUUCUCGUUCUGAUCUAUAGAGAUUUUGUUAUAAGAUAAAUGUAUGGAUUAAGGCAUUUAGUCCCCUCUCACAUUUCCACUUGCUUCAUAGCUCGAUGGAACUGCCUAACAAUCUGAUAGCAGCCAAAUUGUGGAUGCCAUGAGCCUAUUCACAGCCUUCCUUGCAGUUUUGGUAGCUGCAGCUUGGGAGGAGGUUGGGACCUAAUGCACCUGAUCCAGGUGGGGCAGGCUUAUUAUUGCAAUGAUUUUAAAACAUUACUCUCUGAUAUCUUACAAUAUGUAAAAGAGGACUCAAACAAGUAGAUUGAUAGAACACUCCAAGCGCCAUAACCACUGCAGUGUUCUGUAGACAUUACAGUUGCUUUGUGGUAUUCGUUUAAUUUAUAGCAUCAUUUUUCCAUCUUUACAGAUGAAGACUGCCGUUUGAAAGAUGCAUCUAAUGACAAGAUCCCCAAACUGACAGUAAAGGUAGGUCAGGGUGAGCAACACAUAGAAGCAUUGUCUAUUAAUGUGAGAUUAUGGCCAACUUUUUAGAGAGAUUCUUUAAGCACCAUAACCACUACACCUUAUUGUAGUAGUUAUGGUAUAAAGAGGCUUUGGGUACAGUCCCUUUUUGUUUUGUUAUCAAACUAAUUGCAAGCCAUUUGACAUGAACUGGAGAGUUCCCCAGCACUCAGCGGCAUAGUUUAUGUACACAGAAUUGUGACCAAGGGUUGGGUGAGCGGUUCAGCUGUCUUCUAAGUGUUCCCCUGACCAAGGGGGCAGCAGGAGGGGGUGGGGGGAUUAUUGGUGUUAGAACACUCCCCUUAGUGUAUGGGUGAGUACCCUGUCAUCUGGGAGCAUCUAUCUACGAGUGGUUAGGCUCCAUUUAACUAGCUGAACUAGGUCGAGCUCAUGUAUUGUAUCUGUCCAAACAAUAGUCUAAAUUAUAGGUAAUAAAACUGAAUAGGAAAAAUAGUAAACACAGUUAAACUAAACAUAAAGGGUUCGAACUGCAGCUUCACGACUGUCCGCAUCCUCUGUGUUCAAGUCCCUGGUGAGAAGGUUGGGAGCAUCGCAGAAGUGGAGGGGACAGCUCUCUGUGGGUCUCGUGCCUGCGGGUUGGUUCGUUGUGCAGGGCCAGUCUUCUGGCCCGUCAAGCCCAGUUUCAGUAAAAAUUGUGGUGCUUCGGCUGGCGUAGAUAUUUUAUGUACUGUCCGUUCGUGUGACACCACCAGAAUCCUGGGUGAUCUCCAAUGAUUUUCCAUUGCAGAGUAAUUCAGACAUUGUUCACAGUAUUUAACAAUGACUGGUCUUUACAAUUCUGGCUCAUAAGUAGCCAGCAUUGAUUGUGAAUUUCAGCCUGUUUUGAAUGCUGCUGGAUGGCUAGAAAUAUUGGCCCAGAUUUUAAAUCUUUGUCUGAACUAUUUGCCUGCUGGCAUGUCCAUCCCUCUUGGACAUUUAAUAGAUCCCAAAUACUACCUGUAGGUGGAUGCUUAAGGGAGAAUUAAAGGCAUGCCCCCCAUAUCUAUAUUAUAGCCCUCACCUGCUGCCCAUGGGUGGGUGAGGGACAAUGGCAUGUCCCCAUGUAUUAUUAUUGAAUAUUCACUUGUUGGCUGGUGUAAGGGGGAGGGAGGGGAGGGGCAUGUGGUAGACCCUAACCAGUCCAAACCCCGAUUCUUAACAUGUAGCCCCUACCUGAUGUCCACAGCACUGGUCUCCCAAUAGCUAUCCAGUCUCUAAUGGAAGUGUCAGUGAGCAGCCACUGGCUGCAGCAUGGUGGGUGGGGGAUAUUUAAGGGAGUUGUGAAGCCGUCCUAUAGUCACAUGGGGCCAUAUUGACUGCAUGGGCUUUUUCUUCAAUUCAGUGUGGCAGCUGAAAUUGAUAAUUUUAUAAAGUGAUGACAAUGAGCAAGCUAAAAAUGCUUUAGGGGUUGUAGUGUCCCUGUGAUGAGAAGUUCAAGAAGCCCUUCUCCAUUUUUGGUGGGGACCUUUGCCAUAGCGUCAUAGAGGUCUUGAUAAUGGCACAAUGUUCUAUGAAGAAUUAUUUUUAAAACUCUGGUUAGGUGGUAACAAUGUUAAUAUAUGUUGGACUUACAGGCACGGGAACAUUGUCUCAAGAUGUUAGAGGACGCUCUGAGCAAGAAUUUGGAAACAGCAGACCGAGAUAACCGGUAGGUGCAUACAACCAAAAACACUACGCUGUAUACAUUAUAUAUGCAAUCAUUUGCUUUAUUGUAUUUAUAAAAUGCUAUGCAAUGACAUGAUGUUAUCAUUCUCAGCUGUUAUUAACAUGUAUUUUAAUGUAGCUUGUGCUCCCCUUUGUCCAUUGUCAGUUUUGACGCAGGUGCCUCAGCUGUGGACCUUGAGUAUGAAGUUUUCAGAAGCAGCAAGAUGUCCAACCUGUACAAGGCAGCAAUACUGAAAAGGGUACGAUUGGGCAUCGGUUACCAGAAAGAGAAGUUUAAGAGGAAAAUGUCAGAAGGGGUGUUUUAUCAUUAAGCAAGAAUUGAUGAGUUUAUUUUGUUAUCAUUGUAGUAAAUGAUGAUUGUGAGAGAGAAGUAUUCAGAUUAUUGUGAUAGAGAUUUCAGUACCAAAUAGGACGUAAGGGGUGUACAAUUAUACGAUACAAAUGGUGAAUAAAUAAAUAAAUGAAAUACAAAAUUAUAAACACCUUUUAAUGGUACAAGAUACACUUGUACCUAUAGUGGAGCGCUAAAGUGCAAAACUAUAGGGAAUGACUUACCUCCGUUUUGACCAGGUAUAGACAGUACGAAAUUCAAUACAUAAAAAAACUAAAGAAUACAAAUAUAGUACAGAUGGUAAAAAUAUUUCAAUAGUGCAAUAGUUUAAAGUCAGACCACUCACAUGUAACGGAGCCUAUAUAUAUUCUGUAUAUCAGGCAGAUAUGCUCUUAGGGCAGCAUCACACUACUCCAUAUUGCGUAUAUCAGGCAGGUAUGCUCUUAGGGCAGCAAUAAAGAGAGAAAGAGACUGAUAUGGUUUAGUAUGUCAAUCAAAUCGAUAAUCAAUAGGAGGUUAAAUAUUGAGCUUACCUUAUCUAGAGCCAAAGGUCCCGGCUCUAAGGUAUAAAGGUAUAGUGCCAUUAUAGAGGGGGAUGGCACUUCCCCAAAAAAUAAAGAUUUCUUUAAAAUACUAAAUCAAUUUAUUAACCAAAAAAAGUUAAAAAUAGUAAAAUAAAUACUGUCCACACUGUAUUUGGAUAUCCAAAGUCAGCCAAUACGCGUUUCACUCUCCUCUGAGCCUCUCCAGUCAGCUUUUAGUCAGUCUCAGGAAUCUGCCAUCUUUAAAUAGCAUAAAGACCCUCCCUUAGGGUAAAAUGUGAUUAAGUUCAGCCAAUUAAGAUGCUUCAGGCUAACUGCCCCUUAAUAACUUCAAUUGUCUGGAUGCACAUGUGGUAGAUCGAAUAUUAUUGGCUAUAUCACCUUCUCCUCCAGUCCUAUAAGUUGGCCAAAAAGUCAGUCUUUUUUCCUAUUUUCAUUGGUGAUUCCAUUAGACUUGAUGGGGGUGUGUCCAUUCUGCUCUUCACUUCCGCCAACCACUCCAUGGAUAAUCCAACCCCAUACUUCUCCCACUGUAUGGCCACUCCUUCCACUCUACAGAUUCCGGGAGGGGUCACAUGCAUCCAUCAUAAGACGUGGGCAGAGCCGACACAGUGCGCCGCUAGGCGUGUGGCUCGACCCACCAGCGUGACGCCCACCCGCCCGCCAUACCUAUCUACAAAACUGCAAUGUUUUAGGGUUAAACACAUCUCUAAUGACGGUCUUACAGAAUGUAUCAGAUACUAGGACACUAUAGUGUUGGAAAUACAGAUUUAUUUUUCUAACACUAUAUAGUGUUCCUUGAAGGCUGCUGUUCCUUCCCGGAUUCACACUGUAUCUAUUUACUUGCAUUGACCCAAACAAAGAAACAGUCCCAAAAGCCUUGAAUUAGAGCAGUGUGUGAUGUUAAAUCAACACAUUUCUUCUACUGUAAUAUGGUGAAUGAUUGGUUGUUGGAUUGUUUGACAGGAUGCAUAGGACUAUUAUGACAGUCUUACAUGGCACAGAGGUGAAUAUAUAGAUCCAGAAGAUAAUGUAUAUUAGGAAAUGUCUUUCAGGCUUGUGUAGCUGUCCAUACCCAAGCUGAGUCUUCUAGAAUACACAGCAAAAAGAUCAGACGUAUGAUGAGUCAGUCGUCCCAUACGGUGACACAUGCAGCAAAGAAUUAGGGACAAGAAAACUAGCUACCAGAUAAGGGUAACUGAGCCAAACAAAUUCAAGGGUCAGAGCUGGGUCAUUAUAAAGAUAAUAGAAAAAUGUCUAAAACACCAGUGGAGUUUUUCUUACUAAUGCCAAGGAAAUAGCAGGGUAGAUAUAGGCACAGAUCUAUCAUGACAUAGCAUGCUGCCAUCUUUAAUGGGCUGCACAAGAGCAAAGUGAAGGUUAGAUGCACACGAGGAAGACCUUCAAUUCUGGCAUUUGACCACAAAUAGAAACAGGUGAGGAAGUGAUUACAGGUGGGAGCUAAUAGUGUAUGGCUUGCCUGCCGACUCAAGGAGAUAAGUAAUGUGACACAGAUGGAGGAUAAGGUUAAUGUAGGAGAGAACUUGUGACAUGUGCAAGACUGAGUCAUUUAAGUAUUAGGUAUGGUAAGAUAUAUGUUGACAUAGGAAGUAUGAGAUCAUCAACCGAUUAACCUCAUCUCAUUUUAACCGAAAAUAUAUCUGAGCAGUUAUGAGUGCAUUAUAUGUUUAGAAAUAAGCACUAACUAUAUCUUUGUGGAAACAGUCAUGUUGAACAAUUAAAUACAAAUUAUAGGAGUCUGGUAAUAAGCUGUAAAUGUAACCCUUGCUCCAUUGGUCCACAGGUUGCUGAAAUCAACAAGGCAUCAAAAGAUAGAGAGCUGCACACGGUGUUUGAAUCCAAUGACUGUGGUCAGAAAACAGAAGAAAAAACGGAUUCCUCAGAAUGUGGAUUUGUAUCUGCAUCGCAAAUGCAUUCGGUGUGUAUAGAAAAUAUGGUCUAUAUUAUGCCACAGUUAUGAAGGCUGAACUAAUUCUGACCAUUUGUGCAACCAUGUCAAGAUAUGAAGACUAUUGUUAUAAUGCCAGCCUGCCAACAGAACAAAGUUAUACACAAAAAUCAAACGGUACCUGUGUUUAAGACAAUAAAAUGCAAUCCUGUUCAGAAUGGAAAAAAAAUCAUUUUUUUGUAUAUUGUGACCGAUAUCUUGAGGACAUCAAAAUGACCAAAAGGGUUACAUAAUGACAAAUGACUUAAACAGCAUGCAGCCAGAGGGAGGACCUUAUACAGUGACUAAUCAGACAGAAACCUGUUUUCUAUCUAGUCCUUUUAAAGAUCCUUGGGCUAGCUGCAGUAUUACAUAAUCAAUAGAAUAUAAUGUUAUGCUUCCUUAUGCGCUCACUAUUGCCAUAUACUAAUUGGUCACUAGGGGGACAAGCACUCCAUAAUGAUUGUGCAGCGUAGAAGACAUUUCUUUUUAUAAAACCUCGUCAUUUACACUUUACAUUUAUUUUUGUGAAUUUAAAGCUGGUGCCUGUUGUGACCUUUUCAUCUUCAGGCAGGUCACUAAAGAGUGGGGAUUACCUGUUUUCCUUGAUUUUUAAAAGAGUGCGCUUGUCUACAUUACAUAACCCAUUAUCAUCAUGGAAUGCCACUCCCCCUAGUGGCUAAUUUGUAUAUCGCUAAUGUAACCACAGUAUAUACAUAACAUUUGAUUAUUAUUAUUUAUAUAGUGCCAUCACAUUCCGUAGCACUGUGCAAUGAUCUUAAAGGGUUACUGCAACUCUUGUCAGCUUUUGUUUUUUAUUGUUUCUUAAUUCAUAAUGCCAUGUUGGGUAUUGUUCUUUAGGUCACCACAAUUUUUCCACAUAAACUGUAAACUAACUAACUAAUAAAAUUAGGCUGUAGUUUACGUGGAAGUUGCCCCCGGCCGAGGCAGGGAGCUAAAAACUUUUCUAAAAAAAGAUAUAGGGAGAAGAUAUAAAUGCUUCCCAAUGCAGGUGCUGUCUGCAAGUGAGAAUCUCAUUAAAUCUGUCCUGAGUGCACUAUGCGUUCUGAGGACAGAGGUAAUUUUUUCACAGAAUUAACAUUAGGCUGCCAAAGUCACAUGUGUCAGGGAUGUAACUAGCUCUUGGCACAAAAGUGAAAUAAGAGUACAAGCCCAUGGCUACCUCUGCCCAUUGACCGUCUAUUGGGCUCGGACGUACAGUCCAGGAAGCCAUUGUAUCCUUUGCUCACUGCAUCUAAAUGCUGGCAAUAAUUUUUCCUGUAACAGCAGUCCGGAAUAACUGAGAACUACUUCCCUAUUCAUUGUUUAAGGCACGAACGCUUGAAAUAGUGAGCAUGAAGUCACUGUAAUGUCCAGCGUAAUAAGUAGAAACAAUGCACAUACAGACUUUUACCACUAUGAGCACUUCUAAAAGCAGAAGUGGUCAUGGGAGUUGGAGUAACCCUUUAAGUUUAUGUAAUACUGCAGUCGCUUCAAAGUUCUUUAAAAAGACUACACUUACCAAAGUCUCUAUUUAAAAUGUUUUCAGCCAGCGUAGGAAUAAACAUAUAGAAUAAAUAAUAAUAAUAUUUUUUCACUAAAACAAUUAUGUCAUUAUUGUGGUUAUGUGAAAAGUAUUGGAAAUUCUUAAUUUUUAUAAAACUCCUCACAGAAAUGUUGUGUUUAUAUUUUAGCACCCUAGAACUUUAAUCAUGACUAAUAUUAUAUUUUCAAUCCAGGUUAAGUGUAAACGAAUUGGAGCACCGUCUCCAUUUCAGUCUGCAUCCAGCAUGUUAGAAUCUAUAAAACCAGAAGAUAAAAAAAUACUGUCUGAUCCGGGGAAUAACCGGGAGCUGGUCACAAAGAGUGCUGCAGCCAACUCAGAAAAUAAAGAAAGUUUAAAGUUGAGUAGUCCUAAUAAAAAGGUGGAUAGUCCCAGCAAAAAGAUUAAGCUUAACAAAAAGAAAAAAGAACUUGAAACUGCGGCAGUGAAGGACUCACAGAAAAUUUCCAAAUUUUUCUCAUCUCAAACCAAAAUCAAACCUCUACAAGCUAUCCAAACCAGCACAGCAAGUGGCAGUGAGAGUCCUUCUAACAGAGAUACGUUGAUGAGCCAAGACCUAGUGAACGGGCACGAGCCAAAUAGUCAAGGAACAAGUCUGCUAGAUCUACACAGCAAACACCUGGGGUCUAGUGACAGCACAUGUAUAGGGCGACCAGAAACAAAGGAUCUGUUGACGGACAUUAAAUUUCCACAUGCAUCAGACACAAGUGACCUCAUUAAGGACAUGCCUGUGACGCAACCAUUACAACAGCAGAAACAUCACAGCAACUCAUCUUUGCAAACCUUUCAGGAGACACCACCACAAACUUCCAAUUUACAGGAACAAAAAGAUAGUAGUUUAACCCUGCAAUCAACGCAUAGCAGGUCAGUAAAAUGUGAAGAAAGCUAGACAUGUGACGAAUUAAAACUUAAUAAAAAAAAAAAGAAAAUGCCACAAUUGAAAUUGUUAGCUUGUCUUAGAGAUACUUGAUUCCGUGUAUUAUUUUUGAUUGCGUAUCUCUUUAGCAGGAUAGAUACUUCCAAGAGGCCCAGUUCACCAGAACAAGAACCUGAUGUCCACGUGAGUUAUGUUGGAAAUUUUAGUAAAUAGUUUUUUUUGUUUUUUGUUUUUUAAAUCAAUCUUACUGUUAAAGAUCACCAACCUUCCUUACAAUUCUUUCUUCAGGAUCCAGGAGAGCCAGCCAGCAAGAAAGCAAGAACCGAUAUAAAGUCAUCUUCCAUUUUGUUUCACCCCGACAAAGGAGUUGGCAUGCAAGGAAAAAAGAAAGUGACUUUUGACCCCACACUGAGCGCGGAAGAUAAAGAAGGGACGGCCAAAAUCCUGCAGCCACCAAUUGGAAACAAAGUAGUGAGCUUGAAAGAGACAGCUGACAUAGUGGUGAAAUACCUGACGCCCUUCUUCCGUGAUGGAAAGUUUGCAUCCAAGGUGAGUCCAACUAACUAAUAUCUGUAAUUUUACCAUCUCCCUGCCUCAACUACUGCCAUGUUCAUCUCAAUCAUAUAUCAGAAUUGCUGACACUGCCUUAUCUAUUCACCCAGGUAUGUGUAAAACCAUUCACAAACAAUUUAGCUCCAAGGAACUUCUGGCCCCGCACUCACUGCAGCAUGCUGUAGUGAUUACGCUUAGAUUACCUCUUUAUUUAAAUAAAUAGAAGGCCAGAAGUAUAGCAAAAGGUGUGAGGGAUAUGUUUAUAUUGGAACGGUGUUACAAAAUUAAAGGCAACCAGACCCAGACUGGCUUCCUGGAAUUUAGAAUUUAUAAGAACAGAGAAAGAACAGCAUUCGCUGGAUUUUAGUUGGAAGCAACAUUCUUUCAAUUUAUCAUAUGUCAUGUAAUAUGUGGGAUGAUGCAACCCUUAUAUAACAAUGCUAUGUUACAGCAUACUUGCACAUAUGUCCUGUACAAUGUACGUACCACAGAAUGUAUAGAGUUACAUUCCGUGGUACAUUAUAUAACCUGAUCCUGUAGUCUGUGACAUGGGAUUACACUUUGUGACGCAGUAAUUACCAAAACGUGAUUCUUUCUUUCGCUCUUCACAGGAUUUGUUUAAAGCAUUUGCAAGACAGCUCUCUCACUUCCUCGCAGGGGAAAACAAGACACCUUUGAGGAAAAAUGGUUAGUUUUUCUUCUUUCAGUCUAGUUCGUAAGCCUUAGUAGGGGAAUCUGCUCUAAACCUUUUAUUUCCUCUCCCGCCAUUCAGUAAAAGAAGACGCCCAGCGGCUGAUCAAGACUUUUUUUAAAAACCGGACAACUUGUCAGUGUGAAAAGGACUGGGAAGAAUUAUUGCAGAGUGCCUCAACGUGAUACCCAGUGUGUUGGGAUAAGAAAACCAGAGGCUGGUUGAGGAGUCAAAUAAAAAAAAUAGACAGAAGUUAUCUAUGCACCUAAAUAAGAGUACAAGCCCAUGGCUACCUCUGCCCAUUGACAGUCUAUUGGGCUUGGACGUACAGUCCAGGAAGCCAUUGUAUCCUUUGCACACUGCAUCUAAAUGCUGGCAAUUAUUUUUCCUGUAACAGCAGUCCGGAAUAACUGAGAAAUACUUCCCUAUUCAUUGUUUAAGGCACGAACGCUUGAAAUAGUGAACAUGAAGUCACUGUAAUCUGAGGAAUAUGUGUGUUUUCUGCAAGUUGCAAUCAUGGUGUGUUUUCUUCUUGACAGUCCAGAGAGGAAAAAACAGUCUUCAAAUGUUAACAAUAAUGUUGGCAAUACAUCUUGACCUUUUGUACUUGAAGUACGCCUGAGAAAAACAAAAACAUCUGUCGAUAUAUAUAUAUAUAUAUAUAUAUAUAUAUAUAUAUAUAUUCAUUCUAUGGCAAUGAUGAAUUAUCGUAGCAUUCAAGUUAUUUGUGAUGUUUACAAAGGUCUGGUGUGCCAAGAUUAGUCAUCACUGCCCUAGGAUGUGCACUAACACACCAUAUAAAGUAUUGCAAGUAGUGUAAUUAACAUGCAUACUUAUCAAAACUGUUCUCCAAAGAUAAUCAUAACUGCACUACAGGCAUCACAUUCGUAAAAGUUAAGAAGGAUAUCUUUAACUGCUGCUAGUAGGUGGAGGAAUCCCCGCCAGUUACUGCUUAUAAUAGUGCCUCCUUAUGGUUGAUGCUGGCAAAGUUGCCAUAUUGGCUACAUCAACCGUAUGUCUGAUUUUUGGGUCGAGGUAAGAGCUUGAAUUUCUGCUGCUAUUGGUGUUUGUCCCUUCCUUCCAAUCCUGUCUUUAGCAUUUUGUUCCCUAAAUGCCCCUUUCUUUUAGUGCUUUGAUUCAUCUUCUUCUCUAGCAGAGAAGGGCUGGUGAUUUAUACGAUACCAAAUUUAGGUAUUGUGUUUAAUUUCUACUGUGCUUUGUUUUGUUUUUGGGAAACAUUAAUGUGUUAAAAUAUAAAAUCUUGAAAAACCAAAAAGUGUAUUUCUGAUUUAUUUUUAUUUUUUUUAAGUUUAUUUGUUAAUAUAUGCCUCUGUGCUUAGCACUCUAUAAAUACUAAAUGCAGCAUUGUUUCUGCAGCAAUAACAGACAGAAACAUUUAUGUGUACACUGUAGUCACCAAUAGUUGGCCACCAUUACCAGUUUUCAGCAAAAUUGUCUCCUAGCCAAGUUAGGUGACUGUGAUGGCAACUGUAGAAUAGUCCAGGACUACUAAUGCAACCAAACCUGGGUGGAAUUUGAGGUAUGCUUGGUAUGCUUGAUAAAUACCUUGACAGGUCGAAACGUUGCAAAUAAACCUGCCUGGAUACAAUCACAGUGAGUGCCUGAGAUUUUUUUCUUUUUAUGUAUAAUGCUUGGGAUCAUUGUCUUGUUGGAAGGUCCAAUUCCUCACAGACGACAUGACAUUUUCUCCUAGGAUUUACUGAUACUUUAAUGAAUCCGUUUUGCCUUCAACACGCUACAGAUUUCCAGUGCCAAGAGGAUACAAAGCAGCCCCAUAGAGUCACCGAGCCACCACCAUGCCUAACUGUAGGCAGAGUGUUCUUUUCAGCAUAUGCUUCAUUCUUCUUCCUCCUGGUCCAUCAGGCCAAAAAGUUUCAGUUUUGUUUCAUUGCUCCACAGUACAGAAUUCCAAAACAUCUGUGGCUUAUUGAUAUGAUUUUGAGUCAGUAGUGGUGUAAGUCUUGGAGUUCUGACAUGGAAACCUUCUGCGUUUAGUACGUGCCUUACUGUGCUCAUUGAAACCUCAGUGCCUGUUGCCACCAAGGCUUGCUGCAGGUCUUUUUCAGCCCUUCUAGGGUUUUUCACAACAUGCCUUCUCAGAAAUCCUGUUGCAGCCAUUGAUAGUUUCCUUUUUCUGCCCCGUUCAUGUUGUGUAACCACUGUUCCUUCAACUUUGAACUUGAGAACUAUGCUUCCAAUGGCGUCUCUGACUUUGCUAUUUUUUUGUAUCCUGUUCCUUGUUUGUGAAGGGCGAUGAUCUCUUCUCUUAACUUUGUGGACCAUUCUUUUGCCAUAUUUCUAACAUGCAGUCAAACUUGACACUCAACAAAGCAGUUCAGGUAUUCUGGAUGUUCCAGUUCCCGCACACCUGGUGCAAUUAAUGAAGCAGUUGAUUAGUUGGAUCUGGUGUGCUUUAGAGAACACCUGUUUGUCAUAUUUGUGCUGUUGUGAGGGAUUCUAUUCAGGGGGUUGAAUAAUUGUAGACAAUAGAAGUCAUUAUAAGUUGCUUUUUCAGUUGAAUUUGGGGAACCCACUUGAAGCAUUUGUUGUGUUGAGCUAUUUCAAUUGCUUUUGUUUGAUUUGUUUAUUGCAAAUAGCUGAAAGUCUGUACAUUUUGGCAAUAAACCUGAUUUUUCAAUGGGGGUUAAAUCAUUUUGAUUACAGCUGUAUAUAAUAUUAGGGAUACAACUCUAGCUUGUUGAAGCACUGCCAGGUC